UUCUGAGCAGUUGGAGCAUUCCCAGCCUUGCCUCGGGUGUAGGGAUUGCAAGGGAAAAGCAAAACUACACGGUCUUUACCCCUGUGUAGUUUUGUUUUUGGGGUCGUUUUGAGGUUCAACUGUUCUCACCUUGGAUAUUCUGGAAACAUACUGGAUAAAAGGAUUGUUGCUGAGGCAAUAGCCUUCUGGGCACAGUCCCAUCAGUUAUAGGCACCAUUAUAUUCCAAGGUGCCUACAAUCAUGACAACACAGGCGCCAACGUUUACACAGCCGCUUCAGAGCGUUGUGGCACUUGAGGGUAGUGCUGCAACGUUCGAAGCCCAAGUUAGUGGUAAUCCAGUUCCUGAGGUGAGCUGGUUUCGUGAUGGCCAGGUUCUUUCUGCUGCCGCUCUGCCCGGCGCUCAGAUCUCAUUCAGCGAAGGCCGCGCUGUUCUGAGGAUCCCCGCCGUGACAGCCGCACACAGUGGAAGAUUUUCUGUGAGAGCCACCAAUGGCGCUGGACAAGCCACUAGCACUGCUGAACUCCUGGUUACAGCGGAAACUGCGCCACCAACCUUUAUUCAGAGACUACAAAGCAUGACUGUGAGACAAGGAAGCCAAGUGAGACUGGACGUCCGUGUGACAGGAAUCCCUACACCUGUGGUGAAGUUUUACAGAGAGGGAGCUGAGAUUCAGAGCUCAGCUGACUUUCAGAUUGUUCAAGAUGGAGACCUUUACAGUUUGUUGAUUGCCGAGGCUUUUCCUGAAGACUCUGGUACAUACUCAGUUAUUGCCUCCAACAGCAGCGGACGUGCCACUUCAACUGCAGAACUACUGGUUCAAGGCGAAGAAGUUGCAGUGCCUGCUAAGAAGACCAAGACAGUUGUUUCAAACUCUCAGAUUUCACAGACCAAGGUGGAAAAGAAAGUGGAGGCUCAUUUUGAGUCAUCAGCCAUGUUAGAAAUGCAAAUGGAGGGAGGUGUUGAGAUUCAGCAUUUGGCUCAUAAAACACCCCCUCGUGUGCCUGGAAAACCAACCUCAAUGUCCCCAACACCAGCUUCAGCGGUUUCAAAGGUUGCAGCUGCUCGCCACCAGUCACCUUCCCCCGUAAGACAUGUUAAGGCUCCAACCCCCACACCUGUGAGGCCUGGUUCCCCAACUUCAAGAGUGUCUGUGUCCCCUAUCAGACCUGUGAAGUCUCCAAUUACCACACGCAAGUAUGUCACACAGGCUGCUGAUGUUUUGCCUCCAUGGAAGCAGGAAGGCUAUGUAGCAGAGUCCAGUUAUACUACCAUGACUAGUGGACCCACAUAUGUCCAGUCCUCUUCCACACAUGUCCAAAAGGAACAAUGGGAGGGCUCGUUUGCCAUGCAGCAACAGAUCAGUGGAGCUAUUAUAAAAGAGGUUGUGGAGGCUGCAAUGAUCCCUUCGCAUACACAAGUGCAAGUGAUGCCACCAACAGUUGUGGCUGGCUUGAAGAACCUGACUGUUACUGAGGGAGAGUCUGUGACUCUGGAGUGCCAGAUCUCAGGCCACCCCACACCAGGCAUUAUGUGGUUCAGAGAGGACUACAGGAUUGAAAGCUCCAUUGACUUCCAGAUCACAUAUGAGCAAGGAUAUGCUCGUUUAGUGAUCCGUGAGGCCUUUGCUGAGGAUAGUGGACGUUUCACUUGCACUGCAACAAAUGAGGCUGGAACUAUCAGCACCUCCUGCUACCUGCUUGUGCAAGUUUCUGAGGAAAUUGAGAGUCGAGAGGAUUUGACUGCUAUUUCUGAACAUGUCGAAGUAUCUAUGCAAGAAAGACAGAUUGCAGCUGAAGCCAGACAAGAGACCAGGUCAGAAGUCAGUGCUGUAUCUGAAUCUGUGGACACUGGAGCAGCUGUGGCUCCAUUCUUUGUGAGGAAGCCCACAGUGCAGAAACUUGUGGAAGGUGGUAGUGUUGUCUUUGAAUGCCAGAUCGGAGGCAGUCCCAAACCUCACAUCUACUGGAAAAAGAGUGGAAUUCCACUCACUACUGGAUACAGAUAUAGAGUCGCUUACAAUAAAGAAACAGGUCACUGCAAAUUGGAGAUUUCUAUGACAUUUUCUGAUGAUGCUGGAGAAUACAUAGUGUUUGCCAGGAACCAGCUUGGAGAGGCAUCUGCAUCAGCUAUGCUUCUUAAUGAAGAGGCAUAUGAUGCUUACAUAAAAGAACACGAAGUAGCAUAUAAGACUGAAGUGACUACAGCAGUGAGACUGGAGCCCAAAGUCGGAGAUGUUGCACCUGUAUUUACAAAUGAACUUGAAAAAGAGCAAUUAAUCAUUCAGAGGAGGAUGGCUAAGCAAACACAAAUUAUGCAGUCUUUUACCUCUGAGCAGGAGUUCCAGAUAUCUUCUGUUGAGCAGAGGUUCAUGUAUGAGAUUGAGUGCCAUCUCCUUAAGAUUACCUACCAAAAAUUGCUGGCUGAAGAUGGGGAGCAAAUGGACAUGACCAUUUCUGAGCAUGAGUGUGUAUCCCCAGUUUUUAGCACUCCAGUGAAAAAUUACAAGCUCAGGGAAGGAAUGAGUGCUACAUUGCACUUCAAAAUGACAGGAACUCCACUUCCUAAGAUUGCAUGGUAUAAAGAUGGCAAACGCAUAAGACAUGGAGACCAUUAUCAAAUGGAGGUUCUUAAAGAUGGUAGAGCCAGUCUACGUCUUCCUGUGGUGCUGCCAGAGGAUGAGGGUAUCUACACUGCUCUGAUUAGCAACAUGAAGGGUAAUGCUGUCAGCUCUGGCAAGCUACAUGUGGAAUUAGCUGAUACAGCUGUACAGCCACGGUAUCGUCAACCAGAAACAGCUCAGAGAAUCAGAUCCACAUCGCCACGCUCUACCAGUCGUUCUCCUGGACGCUCACCUGCUCGCAGACUGGAUGAGACUGAUGAAGCCCAACUUGAAAGGCUUUAUAAGCCUGUAUUUGUCACAAAGCCAUCUUCCUUUAAGUGCUCUGAGGGACAAACUGCAAGAUUUGAUCUGAAAGUUGUAGGAAGGCCCAUGCCUGAAACUUACUGGUUCCAUAAUGGACAACAAGUGGUGAAUGACUACACCCACAAGAUUGUUGUGAAGGAAGAUGGAACUCAGUCUUUGAUUGUGGUUCCUGCUAUGCCUCAUGACUCUGGAGAAUGGACAGUUGUUGCUCAGAACAGAGCUGGAAAAACCUCUGUUUCUAUGACUCUCACUGUAGAAGCUAAAGAAAACUUGGUGAGACCCCAGUUUGUUGAGAAGCUGAAGAACAUUAGUGUUAAAGAAGGCAGCUUGGUUGAAUUAGCUGUUAAAGCAAUUGGCUCUCCCCUUCCUGAUAUUGUUUGGCUGAAGAACAGUGACAUCAUCUCCCCACACAAGCAUCCAAAUAUCAGAAUUGAGGGUGGAAAGGGAGAGGCUUCUUUCAAGAUCUCCCAGAGUUCUGGCUCUGAUAGUGCAUGGUACACUGCUACAGCUAUUAACAAAGCUGGCCGAGAUACCACUCGCUGCAAAGUCAAUGUUGAAGUGGAGGCAGUGGGACCUCAGCCAGAGAGAAAACUUGUUAUUCCUAAAGGAACUUACAAAGCUAAGGAAAUUGCUGCACCAGAGUUGGAGCCACUGCAUCUCCGCUAUGGUCAGGAACAAUGGGAGGAGGGCGACCUUUAUGACAAGGAGAAGCAGCAGAAGCCUCAGUUCAAAAAGAAAUUGACAUCUGUCAGACUAAAGCAGUUUGGUCCUGUGCAUUUUGAAUGCAGACUCACCCCUAUUGGUGAUCCCACAAUGAUUGUUGAGUGGCUGCAUGAUGGCAAGCCCCUGGCAGCUGCAAACAGACUACGUAUGGUCAAUGAGUUUGGUUACUGCAGUCUUGACUAUGAAGCUGCUUAUGCCAGAGACAGUGGUGUCAUCACAUGCAGAGCUACCAACAAAUUUGGUGUUGACCAGACCUCAGCCACCCUGAUUGUGAAAGAUGAGAAGGGCCUUGUUGAGGAAAGUCAGUUGCCUGAGGGGAGAAGGGGGCCGAGAAUAGAUGAAAUUGAACGCAUUGCUCAUGAGGGAGGUCCUACUGGAGUUACAGGAGAUGAAACAACAGAGAAAACUAAGCCUGAGAUUGUCCUGCUUCCAGAGCCCAUUAGAGUGCUGGAGGGGGAAACUGCUAAAUUCCGUUGCAGAGUAACUGGAUACCCAACCCCAAAAGUCAACUGGUACCUGAAUGGACAGCUCAUUCGCAAGAGCAAAAGAUUCAGGCUACAGUAUGAUGGCAUUCACUACCUUGAGAUUGUGGACUGCAAGUCUUAUGAUUCAGGAGAUGUCAAAGUUGUGGCAGAGAACCCUGAAGGUGUAGUCGAUCACAUUGUGAAGUUUGAGAUUCAACAGCGGGAGGACUUCCGAACAGUUCUGCGUCGGGCUCCAGAAAUUAAGCCUCCUACUACUGUUCAAGAGCAUGGCAGAGUGUCCUUUGAGGUUGUUAAACCAGAGAAGUCCUCAGAAACCUCCAAAGAGUCAAAAGAGGUGGUGAAGCUGAGGAAAACAGAGAGGGUAAUCCAUGAGAAAUUAACAGAGGAGUCUGAAGAGCUGAGAAGCAAAUUUAAACGUAGGACCCAGGAAGGCUACUAUGAAGCAAUUACUGCAGUUGAACUAAAGUCCCGUAAGAGAGAUGAGUCAUAUGAAGAUAUGCUCAGGAAGAGAAAAGAUAAACUCCUUCAUCAUACCAAAGAAUUAACUGAGGCUGAAAAGAAAAGAGAAGAAGAGGAGCAUAAACUCACCAUUCCCAAAAUUAAACCAGAUAAAAUAGUACUUUCACCCAGUAUGGAGGCUCCAAAAAUUCUGGAACGUAUUCAGAGUCAGACAGUUGCCCAAGGCGAUGAAGUACGCUUCCACUGCAGAGUUGUUGGUAAACCAGAUCCAGAAUGUCAGUGGUUCAAGAAUGGAGUUUUGCUUGAAAAAUCAGACCGAAUUUACUGGUACUGGCCUGAGGACCAUGUCUGUGAACUGGUCAUUAGAGAUGUGUCCACUGAAGAUUCUGCUAGUAUCAUGGUCAAAGCCAUGAACAUUGCAGGAGAGACCUCAAGCCAUGCAUUCUUACUGAUUCAAGCAAAACAAGUUGUAAAAUUUACUCAAAUGCUUGAAGAUCAAAGUGCCAAAGAAAAGGACACCAUGGUGACCUUUGAAUGUGAGACCAAUGAGCCUUUUGUCAAAGUCAAAUGGCUGAAGGACAAUGCAGAGAUUUUCUCUGGAGAUAAGUACAGGAUGCAUUCUGACAGAAAGGUACAUUUCAUGUCUGUUCUGAUCAUCAACAUGAGUGAUGAAGCAGAAUACAGCUGUGUAAUCACUGAUGAUGACCAUAUAAGAACAUCUGCAAGACUUCAUGUUGAAGGUGCACCACUUGAAAUUGUGAAGAACCUUGAGAAUACAGAAGUACCAGAGUCCUAUGCAGGGGAGUUUGAGUGUGAAGUGUCCCGUGAAGAUGCUGAAGGCACUUGGUACUUUGAGAACAAAGAGAUAACUCCGAGCCUUAAAUAUGUUGUGUCCUCCCGUCGUGGUCGCCACAGCCUAACUGUUAAAGAUGUGAAAAAAGAGGACCAAGGCAAAUACACUUUCAAAGUGGGCGACCUGAAGACAAGUGCUUCCCUAAAGAUGAAAUUGCGUCCAGUUACACUGAUGCAAGGCCUUUCUGACUUGACAAUAUGUGAGGGGGAUAUUGCCCAGUUGGAGGUACGAUUCUCUCAGGAAAAUGUGGAGGGAACUUGGAUGAAGAAUGGUCAGGCCAUCUCUGCCACUGAUAGAAUUCAUAUUGUAAUUGACAAACUGAACUAUAAGCUUCUAAUUGAAGAUACUAAUAAAGAUGAUACUGGAAUGUACUCCUUCGUUGUCCCCAACCAAGACAUUUCUACAACUGGAAAGCUUAUUGUUCAAGCUAUUGACUUUUUGACACCAUUAAAGGACAUUUCUUCAGUAGAGGGUACAAAGUCUGUUUUUGAGGCCAAGAUUACAGCAGCUGAUGUGAGCUCAGUGAAAUGGUAUCAUAAUGACAAACUGGUGAUACCCAACGACAGAGUACAAAUGGUCGCAAAAGGUUCUAAACAACGUCUAGUGUUGAACAGGACCUAUGCUUCUGAUGAAGGGCAAUAUAAGAUGUUUGUUGGUCGUGUUGAUUCAACGUGUAAACUGACAGUUCAAAAAAUCAGCAUUGUAAAGCACAUGGAGGACUGUGUCUGUACAGAGACUCAGAACGUCACAUUUGAGGUUGAAGUAUCUCAUCCCGGAAUUGAUGCUCUCUGGACAUGUAAGAAUCAACCUCUAAAAGCUGGUCCCAAGUACAAAAUUGAGAGCAAAGGUACCCACUAUAGCCUCACUGUCCUUAAUGCCAUGAAGGAUGAGGAGGGAGAGUACACCUUUGCUGCUGGCGAGAUGACAUCUACGGCAAAGCUUAUCGUUUCAGGUGGUGCCAUAAGCAGACCACUUUGUGAUGUGACUGUAGCAGAAUCCCAGACAGCUGUAUUAGAGUGUGAAGUUGCAAGUGAAUCUGCUGAGGGAAAGUGGCUUAAGAAUGGACAACCUGUUGACUUCAGUGACAAUGUCAGGAGUGAAAAGAACAGGACUGUGAGAAGCCUUGUCAUUGAUAUCACCAGACCACAGGAUAUUGGAGAGUACACAUACCAGGUUGCAAACUCUAAGACAUCUGCCAAUCUCAAGGUUGAAGCUGUUAAGAUAAAAAAGACCAUGAAGAACCAAACUGUCACUGAGACACAAGAGGCCGUGUUCAGUAUUGAACUCACUCAUUUGGAUGUGAAAGGGUCCCAGUGGAUCAAAAAUGGAGUUGAAAUCCUUCCAAGUGAUAAAUAUGAAAUCACAGUAGAUGGCAUGGUUCACACCCUGAAGAUUAAAAAUUGUAACACCCAGGAUGAAUCUGUUUAUGGAUUCAAACUCGGAAAGCUCUCUGCUAAUUCAAGACUCAAUGUUGAGACUAUCAAAGUUGUGAAGAAGCCUAAGGAUGUAACAUCAUUGAUGGGUGGCACCGCUUCAUUUGAGCUGAGUCUAUCACAUGAUGACAUUCCAGUUAAGUGGAUGUUCAAGAACCAAGAACUCAAGCCAAGCUCUAAUAUUAAGAUACUUUCAGAAAGAAAAGCCCACAAGCUGGUUAUUCAGAGUGUGGAAGAGAGCAUGGCAGGAGAAUACAUUGCGAUCAUUGGACAUUUGCAGUGCAGUGCACACUUACAUGUUGAAUCUUUGAGGGUCACAAAGCCCAUGAAGAAUGUUGAGAUUCCAGAGACCCAGGUGGCCACAUUUGAAUGUGAAGUUUCACAUUUUAAUGUCCCGUCCACAUGGCUGAAAAAUGGAGUUGAGAUUGAAAUGAGCGAGAAGUUCGGAAUAGUGGUGCAGGGCAAACUCCACCAACUGAAGAUCAUGAACGCUAGCACAGAUGAUGCUGCAGAAUACACUUUUGUCUGUGGAAACGACAGUGUCUCAGCCACCCUGACUGUUAGCUCCAUUCAGAUCACCUCCAUGCUCAAAGACCUCAGUGCUCAAGAAAAGGACACCAUUACAUUUGAAGUGACUGUUAAUUAUGAGGGUAUCACCCACAAAUGGCUGAAGAAUGGUGUAGAGAUUAGAUCCACUGACAGAUGCCAGACUCGUUCGAGACAGUUUACUCACUCUCUCACCAUCCGCAAUGUGCACUUUGGGGAUAGUGCAGAGUACAUGUUUGUUGCAGGAUCUGCUGAGACAUCAGCAAAGCUGUUCGUUGAGGCUCGUGUCAUUGAGUUCACAAAACACAUCAAAGAUAUCAAGGUCACUGAGAAGAAAAAGGCCAUAUUUGAAUGUGAGCUCUCCGAGCCCAAUGUUCAAGUCACAUGGAUAAAAGAUGGGCAGGAACUUGAAUUAUCUGACAGGUUUAAAGCUACCACAGACAAAUACCUUCAGCGUUUGAUGAUCCAGAGCAUUCGCAUGUCUGAUGCUGGCGAAUACUCUGUGGUUGCCGGCUCAAGCAUGUCCAAGGCUUACCUCACAGUAGAGGGCAAGGAUAUUCACAUCUCUGAGCCUGCUGAGAAAGAAAUAAUGGUGGUUGAGAAGCAAAGAGCCACUUUUGAGUUUGAAGUCAGUGAGGAUGAAAUCGAAGGUCGCUGGCUGAGAAAUGGUGUUGAGAUCCAAUUCUCUCAAGAAAAGCGUUUCAAUUAUGUGACUAUUCGAAAGGUGCAUCGCUUGACAAUUGCUGAAACUUACCAGAGUGAUGCUGGGGAAUACACUUUUAUUGCUGGGAAGAACAGGAGCACAGUGAAUCUGCAUGUUAACAUUCCUGAGCCUCCUCAGAUCAUCAGGCAUAUGGAGCCGUUGUCCGUUGAGGCUGGCAAACCUGCACGCUUCUCUGUGGAAGUGACUGGCAUCCCUCAGCCCCAGGUCUCCUGGUAUAAGAACUCUCAGGCAUUAUCUCCUGGAUUCAAGUGUAAGUUCCAGAGAGAAGGAAAUGAACACACACUGCUGCUAAUUGAAGUCUUCCCAGAAGAUGCAGCUCAGUACACUUGUGAAGCCAAAAAUGACUUUGGUCAGGCCACCAGCUCAGCUGUACUGAAUGUAGAAGUUUCCGAAGUGGUUUCUCCAGAUGUUGGAGUUCCACUGUCCCCACCUGUGAUAAUAUCUCCUAUGCAUGAUGUAUCUGUUGAAGAGGGAGAGUCUGCCAGAUUCCAGUGCCAUGUCUCUGGAGAGGAUCUGAAUGUUACUUGGUACUGCAAAGAUAAAGAGAUUAAGCCAUCAGACAACCUCAGAAUGUCCCAGUAUGAUGACAGCUGCCAGCUGGAGAUUGUCAGAGCCUAUACUGAGAAUGAGGGGCCAUACUCCUGUGUUGUUCGCAAUUCCUCAGGGAUGGUCUCCUGUUCAGCAGUUUUAAGAGUCAAUGAUCACAAUGUGAAAACCAUAAGUAGGCAAAGUGUGUCAAGCAGUGAAGUAUCUCUUUUGGAGGGGAUCACUUCUCACACCUUGACUGAGACUCAUUCUUCUUCCACUGUUCAAACUUUUGAAAUGGUGUCCACUGUGGAAACAUGCACAACCUCUAUGAAAAGCAUCAAGGUCCAACAACACAUGUCAUCAGUGGAAGAAUAUCCAAGCAAACCUGCUUUGACUUCGAAAAUGAAUGAUCUCAUAGUCAGCCUGGGUGCCAUGGCUCAGUUCAACUGCUCUUUCACUGGGGAGCCUCUUACUGAAAUUGUAUGGGACCAUAAUGGAAGGACGCUCACAAAUACAGAGAGAGUACAAUGUAUGGAUCAUGGAGGUGUCUUAUCUCUUAUCAUAUUCAAUGUGCAACUCGCAGAUGAGGGAAGUUACUGCUGUACUGUUAAAAAUGAAAAUGGCGAGAAUCGAACAUCUGCACGACUCACAGUAGAAGCUAAAGAAGCACACCCCAAAGCAGAAACCCCCAUCCCUUCUGACUCUGUCAGUAAAUCUUCUAAAAGUGAAAAUGAGUCCAGUACAAAGACAUCUGACAAAGAAAAACAGGAGUACAUCCAGAAUAUUGGACCGCUAAAUACCUCCUCCCUGAAAGCAAGUUGGCAGAUAAGCCAACAUUACUACCCUGAUGUGGUACCCUUGGUGGAUCGUGUUAUAUUUGACUCAAUUCAGCCAGAGUUUCUUAUGAAACUACCCCCAGAAAUCAUUGCAAAGCAGCAAGAGAAUGUCUCUCUUUAUUGUGUAAUCAAAGGAAUCCCCUCUCCAUAUGCGAUUUGGCUACACAACCAGUUGAUGGUUGAAGAGUCACGGUCGUACUCACUGAAGCACGAUGGACCCUUGUGCUGCUUAAAUGUAAUGAAUAUUGGUCCCAGGCAAGGAGGCAGUUAUACAUGCAAAAUUAUCAAUGCUGCAGGAGACAAUGAGUGCAGCACCCAACUCAGGGUGAAGACAGUGCCAAGGGUGGAGGAACCUGCAUAUGUGGAAGAAGUCAAAGAUUUUUCUAGCAUGGCUGUGUGUACUGAAGAGGACUCUUACACCACAAUCAAAACCUUUGAACUUGCGCCAGAAACUAAAUUCUAUUCAGAAACAUUAGAGAAAAAAAUGGAAAAGCCAGUGUUUGUAACCAAACUCUCCCCAGCAAUUGUAACUGUGGGAAACACAGCUAAAUUUACUGCAGUUGUAGCUGGAUUUCCAAAACCUGUUGUUCAGUGGUACCACAAUGGCCAAGUAAUAACCACCUCAUCUAUUUACACAUUUGUGCAAGAGAACGAAGAAUACACUCUGGUUAUAAGCAAUGUUAAAAAGGAACUAGAGGGAGAGUAUACUUGUACUGCAAGCAACAGGUUUGGCAAAUCAACAUGUGCAUCUUAUCUUCAUGUUAAAGUAAAAGAUGCAAAAAAUGUAGAGCAAACCAUUGGUCAACCUCCAUAUUUUAUGAAAGAAAUUGAGUCUGUGCAAUGCACAGUUGGAGGCCAGGCUAUUUUUGAAUACAAAGUUACAGGUUCCCCAUUUCCUGAAAUUCAGUGGUUCAGAGGCAGCCAUCGUAUUCAACCUAAUAAAUAUUGUAUUAUUGUUAGUAAUGUAGAUGGAUCUGGAUACAUAAAGAUAAUGGAAAUUCAGCAAAGUGAUGGUGGUCUCUACUCAUGUAGGGCAUCCAACCCACUGGGAGAAGCAUUUUGCAAUGCAGAACUAAUUGUCUUCCUUGAUAAUGUUUCAAUAUCCCAACAACAAGAACAAGUUGGUUCAGUGAAGGAAAAAACAUACAAAGUGUCCAUGUCUGAACAUGCCACUGAGUCCCGUUUGUACAGUGUAAGACUUUCUGGACAUGCCAGAGCUAGUCUGCAGGAAGGACAUCAGAUGAUUUAUACCAUUGGCACUGAAGAUAGACAUGCAGUAUCAAGUGAACAAGUAGACACUCUUUGUGAGUUAGAUAUUUCAUCUGCAACAGUGCACAGAGAGCAGGUAACUCACCAAGCUGCAGUUCUGCAGGCUCAUGAGAUGCAAGAGAGAGUAGCUGUUGCUUUAACAGAGCCAAAACAAGCUGUGGCAGCACCUCGGAAACAGCUCCAAAUGGCUGCAAUGACCUCCGCUGUUCAAGAAAGCCAAGGCUUCACAGAACAGCACUCUGAUCGUAUCAAAAGUCCUGAGGUUAUAGAGCUUGAGCUCACUGAGGAACAGCCUUCACGGGUGAUGUCUGCCAUUUCUCAGAGUGUAACCCCUCUUACAAUUGUGAAGGCUGAUCCCAUAACUUGCAAAGAAGGAGAAAGCAUACAUGCUAUUCCAGAACCAAAAUAUGAUUUCAAUAGUCAUCAGGUUGAGACAAAGCUGGCCAUCUUAGAUGAAGAAUACAAAAGUAUUCCUUUCCCUGAAGAGGAGAAAACCUUCAGAGUUGCAGAAGGGGUUAAGUUAUUGUAUUCUGCAAUAUCUUCAGAGAACCUGCAAGUUACAGAGGCUCAUUCUUCUAUGUUGCCAUCCUUGGAAUCCACUGAAUGUUUAAUUGGACAGGAAAAACCCAAACCAUUACUUACGUGUGUAAGUGAAGUAAAGCACACUCUUUCAAAAGAAAGUAAUUUAGAAAUGGACAAACCAAUUGAGGAAGUUGCACAGUUGUCCAAAGACCAAAUGUUAAAGUCAGCCUUUAUUGCUGAGGAAAAGCAUACACUUCAUGCUGACAAAACAACAGCAAUUCCAGGUCUAGCUAGUGCUGUUUCAGUGCACUCACAGAAAGAAGAACAUCAGAUGCUUCAUUUACAAGUAAUCUCUGAUCAAGAUACUCUUCCAUCUCAGGGUAGAUUUACUAGUGAGAAACCAAGAACUGAGCAAGCUGAUGCCAGGAAAAGCUCAACUCUUUUACAAACAACGUCCGUGGAUGAGCAGACAGCUGUUCAUUGUGAGCAUUUAUCAGAAUUUUCUUCCCAGAAGACAGCAGAAUGUAUAAAACCACAGAAAGAGGCCCCAGCCAAGAUAUAUCUUCAGUCUAUGCAGACAGAGACUCCUUUAUACAAAGAAGGAUUACUUUCAGUAGAAGAGCCAGAUCAGCAAAAAGCAUUGCAGAGACAAGAAAAAAAACGUAAAUAUGCAGUUACUACUGAGGAGAAAUUAAAGCUGACAGCAGAUUCCUCCAAAGAUCUUGAUGUUUCCGUGAAAGGGGUGAAACCUGAUCACAGAAAAGAACCCAAACCUUUGAAUAUUCUUCAUGUGGUCUCAGAACCCAUGCAGCUCCCAAAGGAAAGUCCUUUUGCUAGCUGUGAUAAAGAGCAUCAUGCACUUGUACAAAAGGUGGACCACUGGGAUAUUAUGCAUGCAAUUUCAGUGUUAGACAAAUAUGCAUUAGAGGAAGGUCACACAGAUAGUGUAAAGGCAAUGGAGAAAUUUACUUGCAAGGUAGAUUUAGAACCUAAACUAUCCAUUACGUCUGUGCAAAUUGAGGAACAGGCCAUAUCCACUGAAAGCUGUACCACUCUUGAGGCUGCUGAGCAGGAUUAUGCUGUUCAUAUUCAAGAGGGCCAAUCGGUAAAGCAGUCUAUAUUAAUUGAAGAGAAGCAAUCUCUGACAGGGGAAAUAUCUAAGGAUAUUAAUAAAUCAGAGACAACAACAGUAAAUAUUCUGACUGAGCCUUCGGAACCUCUUCUAGUGACAGAGUCUCAAGAAAGCACAGCACUUCCCAAGGAACUCACAUUUGUGAUUCCUGCACCAAAACCACACAGCUUGGACAUCAAACAUCAGUUAAAAAAUGCAUUACAGUGUGCUGUGGCCUGUGAUCAGCCAUUAAUCCUGGCAGAUGUUGUAGGUAGUUUAAGAGUUGUGGAAGUUAAGGAGCUUACGGUUCAUAAGGAACCAAAGUACGCAAUGUUCUCAUAUCUUAUUACAACUACAUCUGCCCCAGUGGAAAUAACAAUUGCUUUUGAGGGUGAAUAUCCUCAAAUAGCUGAGCUCAGGAGUGAACUUCAGUCUGCCUUAAACUCUAUAAUGUAUCAGGAACAUCAGGUCUUCUCUUCUGAACAGCCUGAGAUAAUGCCAGUCCUUAGACCUCAGCGGGUUCAGCUUAGAACAGCUACCUCAAAAGAGAUGCUCUCACCAGUGGUAGAGUCUGUACAGUUAACCGAAAAUGGGGAAGUGUUUGCACCACCAAAGGGUCAGUCUGCUGCUUUAAAGACUGAAGCCAAUGAAUCUUUCCAGUAUAUAAGUGACCAGGAGCAAAUUAUAAUACAAGAGUCAAAACAUCAGGUGAUUCAGAUGGCCAUUGAAGCCAAAUCUGAUAUCCUAGAAUCAAUUCAGACUACAACACAAGAAAUUAAAUCUGUGUCAGUUCAAGAAGAGAGAGAUACAGGUUUUGAAGGUAUCGCUACUAACAUACCAGUGGCACCAUUUCCAGUGGAAGAGUCUACAGAUGUCAUUGAGAAACAGAAAAGGGUAGAAUUUAUAAAAGAGGAUAUAACACUGAAAAGAACAUCAGAACAGGGUUUGGCCAAGAGGAUUGCGUUUGAAUUGCCAUUAGAAGAUAUUGCUGUUGAGGAGAAUUCUGUGGUUACAUUUACUGUCCGUAUCAAAAAUGUGAACCAAGUUAGCUGGUUUUUCAAUGGCAAAUUGAUCAAAUCUGGCAAAGAGUUCAAAUGCUUUAAACACCAUGAUGCAUACACUUUAGUAAUCAACAAAGUUACAAAGGAAAAACAUGAAGGAGAAUAUACAUGUGAGGCUGUGAUUGAAGGUGGCAAGGCCUCAACAUCAUCAAGACUGACGAUUCUUUCAAGAGUGCCACCAAUAUUCAAGAAAAAAAUCCAUGACCUCGAAAUCAAAGUUGGCAGUGCUGCGAAUUUCGAAUGUGAAAUAGAAGAUGCUCCAAAUGUGACCUUCGAAUGGUUCAAGUCUAACUCUGAACUCAGACAAAGUGAGAAGUACAGGAUCAUCAACCACCAUACCACAUCACAUCUAGAGCUCCUGAACUCAACCAAAGCAGACAGUGGGGUAUAUACCUGCCGUGCUUCCAACAAAGAUGGCACUGAUAGCUGCUCUGCUAACCUGAACGUUACUGAAUCUUCCUCCCUACAAAUGCUGGAUGUAGAAAAGGGACCAACUGCUGUGUUUCAGUGUGAGGUUAUUGGUACUGCCCCUUUUGGAGUUAACUGGUUUAAUAACAUAAAACCACUUCCUUUGGACAAAAAACAUGCACUUAUUUUUCAAGAUUCAGUUGCACAUGUGAAGUUACAUUCUUUGGAAAGAUCAGAUGUUGAGGAAUACCUAUAUUGCUUAUCAAAUACAGUUGGAAAGAUGCCUUCAGAAUCAGUUGCUGAGUUGAGAGAACCAGCACGCUUUGUGAAGAAGUUGACAGAUCUUUAUAUACCAGUGAACCAGUUAUUAAAACUUGAAUGUUCAUUCACUGGAGCACCAAAACUUUUUGUGACUUGGUACAAGGAUGGCAAGCAACUCUACGCCUCCUACAGAUACAAUACCAAAGUCACACCAAACUCAUGCACUUUGGAGUGCCUGCAUAGUUCCAACAAAGAAACCUCUGGAAAAUACUCUUGUGAAGUUUCAAAUGCAUAUGGAACUGAUAUCUGCCAUGCUCAAGUGAAAACAGUUGCAGAACCGCCGUGCUUCCUGAAGAGGUUGAGUGACACAGUCUUCCCAAUUACCAGUAGACUGAGGCUUGAAUGUACUUUCACUGGAGCUCCAAAGUUGUUUGUAACAUGGUACAAAGAUGGAAAGCAGCUGUAUGCCUCAUACAGAUAUAACACAAAAGUGACAGAAAAUUCAAGUAUCCUGGAGUGCCUGCAUGAGUGUAACAAAGAAACUCCAGGAAAAUACUCUUGUGAAGUCUCAAAUUCCUAUGGAACUGACAUCUGUCAUGCCAAUGUGACAACAGUGACAGAACCGAAAAUUCCACCAACCUUCACUAAAAAGCCUCCGGAGCAUUUUGAGGAGACUGAGGGUAAAUUGUUGAAACUCGAGGGCCGUAUAUCUGGAUCACAGCCACUGUCCAUCAGCUGGUACAAAGAUAACAAGGAAAUUUUCAGUUCUGACAACUGUGAAAUGUCCUUUGAGGGGAAUGUGGCUUUGUUAUGUAUUAAGAAAUCCCAAACAUCAGACAGUGGCACAUAUACUUGCAGUGCCUCUAAUGAAGCUGGUACUGUGUCCUACAGUGUGGUGAUAAGCAUUACAGGAAAACAAACGCCACCAACCUUUGAUCUGACCCUUAAGCCUAUUACAGUGAAUGAGGGUGAGAAACUUAGCCUUAGCUGCCAUGUCUGUGGCUCUCCUCCACUGUCAAUCCAGUGGAUGAAGGACAGAAGAGAGGUGAUUUCCUCUGAAAACUCCAAGAUCACAUUUGUGGAUGGCACUGCCACGCUAACAGUUGCCAAGUCAUCCAGAGCUGAUGGAGGAGACUACCUAUGCAAGGCAACGAACAAUGCUGGUAGUGAUUUCUCUAAGGCCAAGGUCACCAUUAAAGCAGGAGCAGCCCCUGCGGCAGCUCAAACAACACCUUCAGCACCUCAGCCUGCUCAGAAACUGGACAAAUUGUUCUUCAUUGAUGAACCUAAGAGUGUUCGUAUAGCAGAGAAGGGCACAGCAACCUUCAUUGCCAAAGUUGGCGGUGAUCCCAUUCCUAAUGUGAAAUGGAUGAAGGGCAAAUGGAGGCAGAUGACUCAUGGUGGUCGCAUUGCCAUUGUGCAGAAGGGCCAAGACACCAAGCUGGAAAUCAGAGAAGUGACCAAAUCUGAUGCUGGCCAGUAUAGGUGUGUAGCAUCAAACAAACAUGGAGAAAUCGAAUCCAGCACUGAUCUGACUGUUGAUGAAAAGCAAGAGAUUGCACCUGAAACAGUGAAACUUAAGAAGACACCAUCAAAGCAGAAAAGUCCAAAGGAGGACAAAGACAUUGACAUAGUUGAGCUGCUAAGAAAUGUAGACCCAAAAGAGUAUGAGAAGUACGCUCGCAUGUACGGUAUCACAGACUAUCGCGGUCUUCUUCAGGCCAUUGAGCAGCUGAAGAAAGAGAAGGGUGAAGAAAGUGGAAGACCGGAACAUGAACGUAGCAGAGAAUCUGAUGAGGAUUUGGCUAGGCUUGUGGCUGAUUUGCAGAGAAGAAUGGAACAAACUGAACCCAUUACCCUGAUUAAUGACAUAAAAGAUCAAACUACCAAAGUUAACGCAGAAGCUGUGUUUGAGUGUGAAAUUAAGAUCAACUACCCAGAAAUCACACUGUCUUGGUACAAAGACUCAAAGAAGCUUGAAAACAGCAGUAAAUAUGACAUUAAAGUAGUAGGUGAUUGCCACUUGUUGAAGAUCAAGAACGUCCAGACAAGUGACCAGGGAAAUUAUCGCAUCGUCUGUGGCCCACACAUCUCCAGUGCCACACUGUCAGUUGCAGCUGAUCAAAUACAAUUCACUAAGCGCAUUCAAAACAUUGUGGUGAAGGAACGCCAGACUGCGACUUUCGAGUGUGAGUUGUCAUUUGACAAUGCAGUCGUCACGUGGUAUAAAGACUCUUGGGAGCUUAAAGAGAGUCCAAAAUAUGCCUUCCAAUGUGAGGGACGACGUCAUUUUAUGAUCAUCCGUAAUGUAACAUCUGAGGACGAAGGCGUAUACUCAGUGAUUGCAAGACUGGAGCCCAUUGGUGAAGCUAAAAGUACAGCUGAGCUGUACCUGUCAGGCAAAGAAAUUGAUCUAGGAACAAUUUCUUAUGAUGUCUCAGAUACAUCAAUACAAGUGCCCGAAGUGUCAUCUAUGAUUAGUUUUAAAGAUGAGUCAACAGAAUAUUAUCAUUAUGAAGAAAAGACUGAAGUAACAGCAUAUGAAAGUUGGACAGUGCAAGAAGAAAGAGUAAUUCAUGAAGUCGCAUCAACUCAAGAACGGAAGCAGCCCACUGAAGAAACUGUACCCAAAAUGGUGGCACAAAAGACAGAAGAAAAACCUCAGAAAGAACCUGAAGUCAUGCCUGUAGAGGAAACAGUCCCAGUAACAAUUGUGCCUGAGUCAAAACAACAACCUACACCUAAAGAUGUCCUAAAACCUGCAGUUCCUGAGGCACCUAAGCCCAAACCUCAGCUGUCAACUGAACCUAAAGUGGUACCUGUAGCUGUAGCCAUGCCAGAGACUAAAACUGAGCCUAAACACGAACCAAAAGCUACACAGAAGCCAGAGCCUAAACCUGAGCCUAAGCAUGAACCAAAAGCUACACAGAAGCCAGAGCCUAAACCUGAGCCUAAACCUGAACCAAAAGCUACACAGAAGCCAGAGCUUAAACCUGAGCCUAAACCUGAACCAAAAGCUACACCGAAGCCAGAGCUAAAACCUGAACCUAAACCUGAACCAAAAGCUAUGCCGAAGCCAGAGCUAAAACCUGAAACUAAACCUGAACCUAAGGUUUCAGUUACAAAGAAACCUGAGUCCACAACAAUAAGAGAACCAGGUGUUCCUAAGAAGCCAGAAGCGGUACCACAACCAGAAUUAACUACAAAACACGAAGACCUUUUACCUCAAAAAACAGCCAUUACACCAUUAAAAGCUCCUGAGGUGGUGAAGACAACAGAAUCACCAAAAACAGAACCAGAUAAAAAAUCAGACCUUGUACCAUCAGUUGCCCCUGAACCACCAAGGGUAACAAAACCUAAACAGGAAUUGUCUGCAGCACUGAAGGCUGAGCCAAGUAAAAAACAAGAUCCUACAAUUGUCCCAACAAGAAAACAUGAGACUUCACCAGUUCUGCUUGAAAUACAACAGGCAGAUGUGUUUAAAAUACCAGAACUUACACCUGCCUCUAGAGAGCUGGCAGAAGUCCAACUGGCUAAAAAGCCAGAACCUACAACUGUGUCUCCAGACAUUCGAAAACCAGAACCAAGUAGAAAGCCUGAGCUACCAUCAAUCUCUAAAGCGGAGCCAGUUAUUAAUGAGGGGCCAAAACUUGUUCUCCCAGAAGCUCCAAAAGUAGAGACAGAGCUAACCCAAAGUCCACCAGAGUUACCUCUGGCAAAACCUGAACCCAUUCAGACACCUGUUCCUAAAAUGAAGUCUCCCCCAAAGAAAGUAGUUGAACUUAAAUAUCCAGAAGUUCCAACUGAGGAAGCACCUGUGCCUAAACCUCAAAAGGGGAUUGAAAUGGCUCCUACUAGAGUUUCAAAAAGAGUUGAACAAAAUCAAUAUGCAACAUUGGAAAUAGCUAAGAGAUUAGAGGAAAUUUCUGUAACAAAGGAAGUGAUCUCAAGACAAGAAAUCUCAUAUGAAAGUGAUAGUCUGUCACAUCAGCCUAUGGAGUCUUCAUUGAAGGUGGUUCAAAUUAAACCUGAAAUUAAAGUGCCAUCUGAGAGCGAGAUGGUGAGGAAACCUCAAAUUGAAAUGGAUGUUGCUCCUUCCAAAGCAGCUCCAAAAGGAGUUGAAAAAAGUCCACGUAAAGUGGAAUUGUCUAAGAAAACUGUGUCAAAGGAAAUCUUUUAUGAAACUGAGAACAAAUCUUGUAAGCCUGAAGACAGUAUGCUGAAACCAUCAGAAGUUAAAACUCAAGAAACACUACCUGAAGAAAAACCUGCAGCUAAACUUCAAAAGAGGAUGGAACUGGCCCCGGUCAGAGACGUUGCACCUUCCAAGAGACUUUUAGAAGAGUUUUCAAAGACUCACUUUACAGUGGACAUAUCUAAGAAAACUGAAGAGAUAUCACUGGUGGAGGCAGUGAUUUCAAAAGAAUUCUCAUUUAAAAGUGAGAAUAUUCAGUAUCCUCCUGAAGAGACUUCUCUAAAAGUAGAUAAAGUUAAUCUUGCAGAAGUGCCAUCUGAGAAAAAGCCAGUGGCUAAAAUUCAAAAGCAGACAGAGAUCGGUCCAACCCGAGUCUAUACAGCUCCAAAGAGAGUUGAACAAACUGUACACUCAGUGGACAGUUCUGCUGAAACUGAGAAGAUUACUGAAGUGGAGCAAGUGGAUUCAAGGGAAGAUCUCUCAUACAAAGGUGCUGACAUUCUAUGUCAACCUGAAGCGACUCAGGAAAUUUAUGUGGAAAAGAAGGUGGCUCAUGACAAACAAGUUUUUAAACCAGAGGAUGCAUUGAGGAAAAAGAGUUUGCUAUCUACAGAAACAAAGGAAGAGAUAACUGAAAUUAAGGCUGAACCAAUUAUACAAGUGAUGUAUUCAGAAACCAAGAAGUCUGAGAUGUCUAGUGUUGUGACAGAAGUUAAAAAACUUCCAGACUUGGUGCUCAAGAGUGAUGUGUCACAAACUAAUCAAGAAUUUGUUGAUGAAGUGGUGGCACCAAAAGAGUCUGCGUCUAUGAAAGUAAUACCCAAUGAAAAUGACAUUAAAAUGGAGAAAGAGCUUAAAAUGCCUGAAGGAGUGCCAGUUGUUGAGAAGAAGCCAACACCUGAGGCACCAAAGCCAAAAGUGACACCACAAAAAGUCUCUCCACCUCAAGGUACUGUCUUGGUUUCCAUGUCUUCUGUUUUUUUGUCACUGUUCUCUUCUGUGUCCUUAAUACAAUAUGCAAUGGCUGUGUUGGGUGUUCUUCUUCAUGUGUACUUUGAAAUUUUUGCAAUGCCGCACCUCUUUUCAUGUAUUAUAUCAAUUCUUGACUACAACAUUGGCAUGCUUUUAUUUAAAGAGCCAACUGUGGAGAAGAAAGCAACACCCGAGGCACCAAAGCCAACAGUGGUGCCAGUUGAGAAAAAAGUCUCUCCACCUCAAGGUACUGUCUUGGUUUCCAUGUCUUCUGUUUUUUUGUCACUGUUCUCUUCUGUGUCCUUAAUACAAUAUGCAAUGGCUGUGUUGGGUGUUCUUCUUCAUGUGUAUUUUGAAAAUUCUGUAAUGCCGCACCUCUUUUCAUGUAUUAUAUCAAUUCUUGACUACAACAUUGGCAUGCUUUUAUUUAAAGAGCCAACUGUGGAGAAGAAAGCAACACCCGAGGCACCAAAGCCCACAGUGGUGCCAGUUGAGAAAAAAGUUUCUCCACCUCAAGAGCCAGCUGUGGUAAAGAAGGCAACACCCGAGGCAUCAAAGCCCACAGUGGUGCCAGAUGAGAAAAAAGUUUCUCCACCUCAAGAGCCAACUGUGGUGAAGAAGGCAACACCUGAGGCACCAAAGCCCACAGUGGUGCCAGUUGAACAAAAAGUCUCUCCUGUUCCAGAGCUGACUGUUGAGAAGAAGCCCACACCUGAGGCACCAAAGCCAACAGUAGCACCAUUUGAACAAAAAGUCUCUCCUCUUCAAGAGCCAACUGUGGUAAAGAAGGCAACACCUGAGUCACCAAAGCCAACAGUGGUGCCACCUGAGCAGAAAGUCUCACCUCCUCCUCGAGAGCCAACAGUUGAGAAGAAACCAACACCUGAGGCACCAAAGCCAGCAGUAACACCACAAAAAGUUUGUCCUCCUCAAGAGCCAACUGUGGUAAAGAAGGCAACACCUGAGGCACCAAAGCCAACAGUGGUGCCACUUGAACAAAAAGUCUCUCCUCCUCUAGAACCACCUGUGGAGAAUGAGCCAAUACAUGAGGCUCCAAAGCCAACAGAGACACCAGUCGAGAUCUCUUCUCCUCAAGAUCAUGGUCCUGUUCAAACUCCUGGACCAGUCCAGAAAGAUGGAAAACCCAAGGAAGAGGGAGCAGUAGGCAGAGGCAGAGGGCUUAAACCACGCCAAACUCCAUCUCCUGGUGAUGCAGGACGUGGAAGAGGGCUUAGACCUGGUGGUGGCGGUGACAAACCUCCAGGAGAGUCACCAUUUGCUUUCCAGCUUAAGGCUGUCCCUCUCAAGUUUGUGAAAGAGCUUCAAGAUGUUGUGUUGCUAGAGGCAGAGUCUAUUGGUUCCUCUGCUGUUUUUGAGUGCCUGAUUUCUCCUUCCACUGCUGUAACUUCAUGGAUGAAGGAUGGAAGUAACCUAAGGGAGGGUCCAAAGUACAAGUUUACUUCUGAUGGAAAAGAUCGAAAAUUGGCCAUUAUUGAUGUUCAGCUCUCUGACAGAGGGGAGUACACAUGCGUUGCCAAGCUGGGAAAUAAAGAGAAGACCUCCACUGCCAGACUUAUUGUUGAAGAGCUGCCUGUUAAAUUUACCAAGACCCUGGAGGAGGACGUGUCUGUGCUCAAGGGACAGCCCAUGUACUUGACUUGUGAGUUGAACAAAGACCGAAAUGUGGUCUGGAAAAAGGACGGCAAUGAGUUCAAAACAGAUCCUGGCAAGAUUGCCAUUAAUGUUAUUGGACUGCAACAUGCUGUGACAAUACAGGAUGCAAAUGAUGAUGAUGCUGGUGUUUACACAUGUGAAUGUGAAAAUAUCAAAACUCAAACAACUGUGAAGGUUAUAGAAUUCAUCAGAGACUGGUUGGUGAAACCACUGAGGGACCAGCAUGUGAAACCAAAGGCCACUGCUACCUUCAAGUGCGAGCUCUUCAAAGACACUCCCAACUGGAAGUGGUUCAAGGGAAAUGAAGAGAUUCCAAAUGAACCCACAGAUAAGACUGAAGUCAACAAGGAGGGAAAAGACAUCACUCUGACUAUUAAGAAUGCUCAACCAAAUGAUGUUGGCGAGUAUGCCAUGGAAGUUGAGGGCAAACGAUACACAGCAAAGCUCACACUUGGAGAGCGUGAAGCUGAGAUCUUGAAACCCCUUGCUAGUGUGGAAGUGGUUGAAAAAGAGGAGGCCAAGUUUGAUACUGAAAUCUCUGAGGAUGAUGUGCCUGGAGAAUGGAAACUUAAAGGGCAGGUUCUAACAAGAUCACCGACAUGUGAUAUCAAAGCUGAGGGCACAAAGCGCUUCCUUACAUUGAAAAAUGUUCAGCUUGAUCAGGCUGGUGAAGUUACAUACCAAGCUUUGAAUGCUGUGACAAGUGCUAUGCUUACAGUGAAAGAAAUGGAAAUGGAAUUCACUGUCCCUUUGAAAGAUGUUUCUGUGCCUGAAAAGAAACAGGCCAAAUUUGAGUGUGAAAUCAAUAAGGAUGUGCCUAAAGUGAUGUGGUUUAAGGGUUCUGAUAUUAUUACAUCUGGAAAUAAUUAUGAAAUCAUUGAUGAUGGAAAAAAACACAUUUUGAUAAUAAAUAAUUGUCAAUUUGAUGAUGAGGGAGAAUACACCAUUGAGGUGUUAGGCAAAACAUCAACAGCAAAACUAACGGUAGAGGGUAUGAGGCUGAAGUUCAUCUCAGAAUUAAAGGAUCAAACCGUAAAGGAAACCAAAACGGCUCGGUUUGAAAUUGAGCUCUCUCAUGAGAAUGUGCCAGUGACUUGGUACAAAAAUGAUAUUAGAUUGCAUCCAAGCAGAACAGUAAUAAUACAUGUUGAAGGGACAAAGCAUAUAUUAGAAAUCAAGGAAGUCACACUAGAUGAUACUUGUCAAAUAAGGGCAGAGGCUAAAGGAAUAUCAUCCAAGGCUAAGCUUCUGGUUAUAGAGGGUGAUGCACGAUUCAUUACCAAGUUGCAAGACUUCACUGUUGUCGAGAAAGAUGAGGUCACUCUUGACUGCGAGCUGAGCAAAGACGUUCCUGUCAAGUGGUUCCAUAAUGAGAUCGAAAUUAAGGCCUCAAAGUUGGUUUCCAUAAAGGUUGAUGGUAAACGAAGAAUACUCAACAUUAAGAAAGUGGAGCAGAAAGACAAAGGAGUGUAUGUAUGUGACUGUGGAACGGACAAGACAUCAGCCAAUGUUAACAUCGAAGCUCGUGAUGUGAAGGUGGUCCGGCCUCUAUAUGGAGUUGAAGUGUUUGACGGUGAGACUGCCCGUUUUGAAGUUGAAAUCUCAGAGGAUGAUAUCCAUGGCCAGUGGAAACUGAAGGGAGAAGUCCUCACUCCUUCAGCUGAUGUUGAGAUCAUUGAGGAUGGUGCAAAACACACACUGACACUGUACAACUGCAGAGUCGCCCAGACAGGAGAGGUCGUUUUCCAGGGAGCAAAUGCUAAGUGUGCUGCAAACCUUAAAGUAAAAGAACUGCCCAUCACAUUUAUAACGCCUUUGAGUGAUGUACAAGUAUAUGAGAAAGAUGAGGCAAGAUUUGAAUGUGAAUUGUCAAGGGAAGCAAAGACCUUCCGAUGGCUGAAGGGCUCUCAAGAGCUGAAGGCAGAUGACAAAUUUGACAUUCUGACAGAGGGAAAAAGGCACACACUUAUUCUCAAAUCGGCUGCCUAUGAAGAUGAGGCUAAAUACAUGUUUGAAGCUGAGGACAAGAGAACCUCUGCCAAACUGGUCAUCCAAGGUAUUCGUCUUGAGUUUGUCAGACCCAUCAAGGAUGUUACUGUAAAGGAGCGUGAGACAGCAGAAUUCAGUAUUGAACUUUCUCAUGAAAAAAUUCAAGUAAGCUGGUACAAAAAUGAUGUCCGUUUGCAUCCAAGUAAAGUGGUGCACAUGUCUGAACAUGGCAAGAUCCACACUCUGUCCUUCAAGGAGGUGUCCAUUGAUGAUACCUCACUCAUUAAAGUAGAGGCUCUUGGAAAGACUUCAGAGGCCAUGCUUACAGUGCUUGAGGGAGAAGCUUACUUCAUUACCAAGCUACAGGACUACACAGCAGUCGAGAAGGAUGAGGUUGUGCUGAAGUGUGAACUGAGCAAACCCUCUGCUGAGGUGAAAUGGUUUAAAGAUGGCACGGAGAUUAUCCCAUCCAAGAAUAUCCUUAUCAAAGCUGAUGGAAAGAAACGCAUUCUGACUGUGAGAAAAGCAGAGAAGGCCAACAUUGGUGAAUAUGUCUGUGAUUGUGGUUCUGACAAAACUACAGCUAAGCUGAACAUUGAAGAUCGUGAUAUUAAGGUUGUCCGUCCAUUGUACAGUGUGGAGGUUACAGAGACUAGUACCGCUCGAUUUGAGGUAGAGAUUUCAGAAGAGGAUGUUCAUGGGCACUGGAAACUCAAAGGAGAUGCUUUGCACCAGUCUGCUGACUGUGAGAUUAAAGAAGAAGGCAGAAAACACAUGCUGAUUCUCUAUAAUGUACGCAUGGACAUGGCUGGUGCUGUGGACUUCAGUGCUGCCAAUGCUAAAUCUAGUGCUCAGCUCAGAGUUAAAGCUCGGACAAUUGCCCUUUUGCGGCCUCUUCGGGAUGUGACAGUUACUGCUGGAGAAACUGCAACUUUUGAGUGUGAGCUUUCAUAUGAGGGCAUUGUUGCUGAAUGGUUCGUUGGAACAACGAAAAUGGAGCCAAGUGAUGCAGUGGUAACCAGAGCAGAGGGCAGACUACACAGCUUGACUCUGAGAAAUGUCGAGAUGACACAUGCUGGCUUUGUGAAGAUAAUGGCAAAGGACUUUCAGGCCCAGGCCAUGCUUACAGUAAAUGAGCCACCUGUUGAGUUUACCAGGCCCUUGGAGGACCAGACAGUUGAAGAGGAGGCAACUGCUAUUUUGGAGUGUGAACUCUCCAGAGAUAAAGCUGAUGUCAAAUGGUUCAGAGACGGACAGGAAAUUCACAAAACAAAGAAGUAUGAAAUGGUGGCUGAAGGCCGCAUAAGGAAGCUGAUAAUCAAGGACUGUACUCUUGAUGACUCCAAAAUAUACACGUGUGAUGCCGAACACUUCAAGACCUCUUCUUUCUUGAGUGUUGAGCCUCCACAUAUUGAGUUCACUAAGCCUCUUCAUGAUGUUGAGGUCAGGGAGAAGGAGCCUGCUAAGUUUGAAUGUGAAGUUUCCCGUGAAAGUGCCAAGGUCCGCUGGUACAAAGACGGAAUUGAAAUUAGAAAGGGCAAGAAGUAUGAGAUUAUUGCCAAGGGAGUGCAGCGUAUUCUCAUCAUUAGCAAGACAGUCUUUGAUGAUGAAGCUGAAUAUGAAUGCGAUGCAAGAACCUCCAAAACCUCUGGCAUGCUUACUGUUGUUGAGGAAGAGGCUAGAUUCACAAAGAACCUGGCUAAUGUUGAAGGCACUGAAACUGACAGUAUUAAACUGAUCUGUGAAGUCUCAAAGUCCAGUGCAGAGGUUUCAUGGUAUAAAGGUGACCAGGAAUUGCUUGAGGGUGGUAGAUACGAACAAAUUGCAGAUGGCAGAAAAAGAAUCCUUAUCAUACAAGACCUUCAUAUGGAGGAUGCUGGAGAAUACCACUGCAGAUUGGCCAAUUCACAGACUACAGCAACACUAAAGAUCAAUGAAUUGGCAGCUGAAUUUAUUGCCAGGCCCCAGAACCAGGAGGUGGUAGAGGGUGAAAAGGCACAAUUUGUGUGCUCGGUAUCCAAAGAGACAUAUGACGUUAAAUGGCUCAGAGGUGACAAGGAGCUUCAAACUGGGGACAAGUAUGAGAUUGUUAGUGAAGGCAAGAGAAGAGCUCUCAUUGUUAAAACCUGUGAGCUGAACGAUGAAGGUGCCUUCACUGCCUGCAUUGACACUGUCAAGGCUUCUGCAGAUUUACAUGUGAUUGAAAAACUGAGGAUCAUCACUCCUAUCAAAGACACUCAAAUGAAGGAAGGACAAGAAAUUGUUCUUAACUGCGAAGUUAAUUCAGAGGGAGCUAAGGCCAAGUGGCUGAAAGAGAAUGAGACUAUGUUUGAAAGCAGCAAGUUUGUCAUGGUACAAAGAGACACUAUUUUCUCUCUGAGGAUCAAAGCUGCAGACAAGUCUGAUGAGGCUACAUACACCAUUACACUGAUCAACCAGCGUGGUGAACAAGCCAAAUGCUCUGCAAAAGUCAGUGUAAUAGAGGAAGAGCUUCGUAUCAUAGACCCUCUUGAGGACUGUGAAACUGAGGAGAAGAAGACAAUCAGCUUCACUUGCAAAGUGAACAGACCAAAUGCGACUGUACAAUGGAUAAAGGGAGGACAGGAAAUCACCUUCAGCAAACGCAUUGUUUACCGGGUGGACAAGUACAAGCACACUUUGACCAUCAAAGAGUGCACCAUGGAUGAUGAGGGUGAAUACACUGCAGUAGCUGGCACUGACAAGUCUUCAGCUGAACUGAUCAUCAGUGAGGCACCAACUGACUUCACCACCCAACUCAAAGAUCAGACUGUUACUGAAUUUGAGGAUGCAGAGUUUAUUUGCAAGGUUUCUAAGGAGAGGGCCACUGCUAAAUGGUACAAAAAUGGCCGUGAAAUCAGAGAAGGACCAAGAUAUCACAUGAAAAAGGAUGGAAAGACAUGCACAUUGUACAUUAAGGAAUGCAGACCUGAUGAUGAAUGUGAAUAUGCCUGUGGAGUAGAUGACAAAAGAUCCAGGGCUCGUCUUUUUGUUGAAGAGACCCCAGUGGAAAUUGUCAGACCCCCAAAAGAUAUAUUUGAGGCCCCAGGCUCAGACAUUGUAUUUGAGGUUGAGCUUAACAAAGACAGGGUUGAAGUUAAAUGGAUGAGGAACAACAUGAUGAUUGUCCAAGGUGACAAAUACCAGAUGAUCAGCGAGGGCAAAGUUCACCGACUUCAGGUUUGUGAGGUCAGGCCUCGCGAUCAGGGGGAGUACAGAGUUGUCGCCAAGGAUAAAGAUGCAAGAGCCAAGCUUGAGCUUGCAGCUGUACCAAAAAUCAAGACCACAGACCAGAAUCUUGUAACCGAUGCUGGAAAGCCCUUCAUGAUGACAGUUCCCUAUGAUGCUUACCCUCGUGCAGAGGCUGAAUGGUUCUUCAAUGACAUCAGCCUUCCAAUGCAAAACAUUGACACAUCCACUGACAAGACAGAGUACAGAUUAAAGGACCCUAAGAAGUCAGACCAGGGCCGUUAUAAAAUCGUCAUUAAGAAUAAGCAUGGGCAGGGAGAGGCUUUCAUCAAUCUGGAUGUUAUUGAUGUUCCUGGGCCUGUGAAGAAUUUGAGAGUUGUUGACACCACUGAUGGUGAGGUCAGCUUGGCCUGGGAUGAGCCUGAGAGUGAUGGUGGCAGCAAGAUUUUGGCCUAUGUGGUUGAGAGACGUGAUGUUAAGCGCAAAGCUUGGACAUUGGCCACUGACCGUGCUGAUAUUCCAGAGUACUGUGUUGGUGGAUUGCAGAAAGACAACUUGUACUUCUUCCGUGUGUGUGCUCGUAACAGAGUUGGCAACGGAGAGCCCGUCUGUACGGAUGAAGCUGUCCAAGCCAAGAAUAAAUUUGAUGUUCCUGAUGCACCUCAGAAUGUCAUGGUAGGAAUUGUCAACAGGUUUGGUGCCACAGUGACUUGGCAACCACCCCUGUUUGAUGGUGGAUCUGAGAUCACAUCUUAUAUAAUUGAGCUCCGUGAUAGGACAUCUGUGAAAUGGGAGCCUGCAAUGGUGGUCCGGGCUGAGGAUCGCACAGCCACACUGAAUGAUGUUGUUGAAAAUAAGGAGUAUAUCUUCCGUGUUAGAGCUGAGAAUAAAGCUGGAAUUGGCAUGCCAAGUGCUGCCACUGAUCCUGUCAAGAUCAUGGAUCCCAUUGAGAGACCAAGCCCACCACUGAAUUUCAACUACACACAUCCAAAAAGAGAUUCUGUUCAGCUGGCAUGGGAUAUUCCACUUAGCAAUGGAGGUAGUAUGAUCACAGGAUACAUCAUUGAGAAAUGUGAAGAUGGCACAAGCAACUGGCUAAGGUGCAAUGCCAGGCUCUGCCCAGACCUUUAUUAUAGGGUAUCUGGCUUAAAGUUUGGUCAGAAGUAUCACUACAGAGUAUCUGCAGAAAAUGCAGCUGGAGUUUCUGAUCCAGCUGAACAGAUUGGACCACUCUUGGCAGAUGACCCACAUGUUGGUCCCACAAUGGAUCUGAGUGGAUUCAAAAAAGGUCUAGAAGUUUUUGUCCCCAAUGCUCUUACUAUUCGUGUGCCCAUCACUGGAUACCCCACACCCAAGGCCAAAUGGACGUUUGGUGAUAGUGAGCUUACUCCCGGAGAUCGCAUCUCUAUGGUCACAAAGCCUACAUACACUGAGCUAAUCAUUACCCCAAGUGUCCGACCAGACAAGGGAACAUACACCUUACACUUAGAGAAUGAUGUGACUUCAGUCUCUGGGGAGAUUGAAGUAAAUGUCAUUGCAUCUCCAAGUGCACCCAAAGACUUCAAGGUUGUAGAGGUGACAAGGCAUCAUGUCCACCUUUCGUGGGAAGCACCAGAGCAUGAUGGAGGAAGUCCCAUUACUGGUUAUAAUAUUGAGAAGAGAGAGGUGUCUCGCAAGACAUGGGUCAAGGUGAUAUCUGGUGUUCAGGACCUUGAGCACACUGUCACAGAUGUGAUUGAGGGCAAGGAGUACUUGUUCAGUGUAAUAGCUUGCAACAAAUGUGGUCCUGGGGAACCAGCAUAUAUUGAUGAGGCAGUGAAUGUUUCCUCUCCAGCCACUGUCCCAGAACCACCAGAGAAUCUGAAAUGGAGAGACAAAUCUGCAAAAGGUAUCUUCCUGUACUGGGAGCCCCCUUCAUAUGAUGGCGGUGCUCCUAUCAAGGGCUACAUUGUUGAUAAAUGCCAGCGUGGCACUGACAAAUGGGAAGCCUGUGGUGAUCCUAUACCUGAACUGAAGUUUCAGGUGAAAGGUCUUAUUGAGGGACAGUGGUAUGCCUAUCGUGUGAGGGCAAUGAACAGACUUGGAGCUAGCAGACCAUGUAAGGCAACAGAUGAAAUCCUUGCUGUUGAUCCUAAAGAACCUCCAGUUAUUCAGCUGGAUGCCAAACUUCUGGUUGGCUUGACUGCCAAGGCUGGCACAAAGAUCGACCUUCCAGCAGAUGUGCUUGGAAAACCAGACCCCAGGGUGAAAUGGACCAAAGCUGACCUUAUCCUUAGGCCAGAUGACAGAAUCACCAUUGACACAAAGCCUGGCCACUCUACACUCUCUAUUGCUAAGACAACCAGGGCAGACACAGCUACUUACAUCAUUGAGGCAGUCAACACCUGUGGUCGUGCCACUGCAACAGUUGAUGUCAACAUUCUUGAUAAGCCUGGUCCCCCAGCUGCUUUUGAUAUUUCUGACAUCACCAAUGAGUCCUGUUGUCUGGCUUGGAAUGCCCCCAGAGAUGAUGGUGGAUCUCCUGUAACCAACUACAUUGUGGAAAUGAGACCUUUGGAAAAAGAGGAGUGGCAGAAGCUCUCUGCCACAAUCAAGCAGACCAAUUUUAAGGCCUGCAACCUGGUGUCUAUGAAGGAGUAUGUUUUCAGGGUCUCUGCUGAGAACCAGUAUGGCAUUGGUACUCCCAUAGAGCAUGCUCCAAUUGUUGCCAAGUAUUCAUUUGAGCCACCUGGUUCCCCAAGCAGGGUACUGCCCUCUGAUAUCUCAAAGGAUGCCCUAACCUUGACCUGGUAUGAGCCUGAUGAGGAUGGUGGAAGUCCAGUCACUGGCUACUGGGUUGAGAGGUUUGAUCCAGAAAGUGACAAAUGGAUCAAAUGCAACAAGCUGCCAGUCAGAGACACUACACUCAGAGUGAAAGGGCUGACCACAAAGAAAAAGUACAGAUUCCGUGUUCUGGCUGAGAAUCUUGCAGGACUUGGAAAACCAAGUGCUGAAACAGAUCCCAUCUUGAUUAAGGAUCCAAUUGAUCCUCCAUGGGCCCCUGGCAAACCAUAUAUCAAAGAGAUCGCUAAGACCUCUGCAUUCCUGCAGUGGACUAGACCAGAGCAUGAUGGUGGUGCUAAAAUUGAGUCUUAUAUCAUUGAGCUCCUCAAGAGUGGAACUGAAGAAUGGGUCCGUGUGGCUGAGGAUGUGCCCAUGACAGAGCACUUGCUGAAGGGAUUGAUGGAGAAGCAGGAAUACUCCUUCCGUGUCAAAGCUGUAAAUGUUGCUGGAGAGAGUGAGCCAAGUGAUCCAAGUGACCCUGUAGUGUGCAAAGAAAGACUCUAUCCUCCAUCCCCACCACGCUGGCUUGAGGUGGUUAACAUUUCAAAGAUUGACUGUGAGCUGAAAUGGACUGAACCAGAAAAUGAUGGUGGCUCUCCUGUUACCAACUAUGUUGUUGAGAAAAGAGAUGUAAGACGCUGGACCUGGCAGACUGUGGACACUACAGUGAAAGACACAAAAUACACUGUCACUCCACUCAAUGAGGGAACUCUAUAUGUGUUCCGUGUGGCAGCUGAGAAUGCUGCGGGUAUGAGCGAAUUCUACGAGCUAGAGGAUUCUGUUCUAGCAAAAGAUACUUUUACGACUCCUGGACCUCCUUAUGCUUUGACUCUGGUUGCGGUAUCCAAGAGGCAUGUUGACCUGAAAUGGGAGCCUCCCAAAAGUGAUGGUGGACGACCAAUCACAAAAUAUGUUAUUGAGAAGAAGGAGAAAGUGGGCACCCGCUGGAUAAAGUCUGGAAAGACAUCAGGGCCCGAAAGCAAGUACAGGGUGACUGAUGUUGAUGAGGGUACUGAGGUACAGUUCCAGGUCCGUGCUGAAAACGAGGCUGGAGUUGGCGACCCAAGUGAACCCACAGACAUUAUUACAGUUGAGGAUCCUAUAAGCACACCAUCUCCUCCAAUUGAGGUUAAGAUCGUUGAUGCCAGCAGAGAGCACAUCAACAUCACAUGGAAGGCACCAGAGAAGAAUGGGGGAAGUCCCGUUACUGGAUAUCAUGUUGAGCUGACUGAGGCUGGCACAGAUAAGUGGAUGAGGAUCAAUGCUCGUCCCAUAAAAGAGCUCAGAUUCAAGGCUGAAGAUGGCAUUAUUCCUGAGAAACAAUAUGUCCUUAGAGUCCGUGCUAUCAAUGCUGUUGGUGUCAGUGAUCCCUCUGAAAUCUCUGACAAAGUCUUUGCUAAAGAUCCUGACAGUGCACCAAAAAUUGAUCUGGAGACCCAAGAUGUUGUUAUUGUUGAGGGUGAGAAGAUGUAUCUAAAGAUCCCAUACAGAGCAAUUCCCAAACCAUCAAUGGUUUGGAAGAAAGAUGAGGCAGAACUGAAGGCAGACGACAGGCUGACUAUGAGAUGCGAACUCAACAGUAUUCACCUUGAGCUUCUAAAAUGCAAGCAUGAAGAUGCUGGUGUCUACACAGUCACCCUAGAAAACAGUCUGGGUUCAGUUAUUGGAACAAUUAACGUUAAAGUGAUUGGUCUGCCUGGACAAUGCAAGAGCAUCACUCCAAGUGAAGUCACCAAGAACUCCUGUAAAAUCUCAUGGGAGCCCCCAGAGAGUGAUGGUGGUAGCCCCAUUUUGCACUAUGUGCUGGAGCGCAGAGAGGCUCAGAAGAAAACAUUCAUGCCUGCGAUGCCUGGAGUCAAUGUACUAAACUUUGUGGUCAAAGACCUUAUGUUGAAUGGUGAAUAUUACUUCAGAGUUAAGGCUGUUAACAGAAUUGGUAGUGGUGAAUAUCUUGAGCUUCGCAACCCUGUCAUCACAGAGGAGCAGAAGCAGCGGCCUGACCCACCAAUUGAGGUUGAGGCACUCAACCCUACCUCUCAGUCCAUUACAAUUAAUUGGAAAGCCCCACCCUAUGAUGGUGGCUGUCCAAUUACUGGCUAUAUUCUGGAGAAAAUUGAGAAGGAUGGUGAUAGAUUUAUGAGAUGUGUUCCAAACCUGGUGCCGGGUUUCUCCUACACCAUCACUGGCUUGACAGAAGGCACGGAAUAUCAGUUCCGUGUUCGUGCAGAGAAUGUGGCAGGAGAAAGUGAACCUUCCCGCAGCACUCCCCUAAUUAAGGCUGCAGAUCCUGUUGAUCCACCAAAGGUAUCACUACAUGCACACAUUGCAUCUGGCCUGACCAUCAGGAAGGGUGAAGAGAUUAGACUGGACGCCCACAUUUCUGGAUCGCCAUACCCCACUGUGACUUGGUUCAGGAAUGAUGAGAAUGUCAAGAAGACUGUAAAGAAGAAGCCAGAAUUCAUUGUGAAAAAGAAAAAGAAGACCAAGGCUGUUCAUCCUGAACCAGAGGAGGUGUUCCAUCCUCCACUUCCAGAUCGUCUGUCAUUUGACCAGAGCAAGAGAGGCGAGACUGCCAUGAUGGUGCGUGAUGCCAUCAGAGAUGAUCAUGGAGUUUUCACAAUCAGAGUUGAGAAUACCCAUGGUUUUGCAACUGCAUCUUGUGUUGUCAAUGUUCUUGAUAAGCCUGGACCACCUGUAAACUUUGGAUUUGAUGAGAUCAGGAAAGACUCUGUCAUUUGCACAUGGGAUGCACCACUUGAUGAUGGCGGCAGUGAAAUCAUUAACUAUAUCCUGGAGAAAAAAGACAACACCACCGAUGAAAUUGGUUGGGUUACUGUUACCUCAACCCAUAAAGGAUACAACUAUCCUGUAACCAAACUCAUUGAAGGAAAAGAGUAUAUUUUCAGAGUGACAGCCGAAAACAAGUUUGGCUGUGGACCACCAUGCUAUUCUGAGCCGCUUAUUGCAAAGAAUCAAUUUGAUCCUCCUGAUGCUCCUAACAUGCCAAGAAUUGGAGAAGUCACUGCCAGCAGUGUUGCAUUGUCUUGGCAUGAACCUAAGGACAAUGGUAGUCCCAUCUUGGGCUACUGGAUUGAGAGACGUGAGGUCAACAGCAAGUACUGGACCAGAGUGAACCGCAAUCUUCUCAGCUCCCUGGCACUCAAGGUUGAGGGUCUUAUGGAAGGCCUGGUUUAUGUCUUCAGAGUUUGUGCUGAGAAUCUUGCUGGCCCUGGAGAAUUCAGUGUCCCAACUGAUCCUGUGGUUGCAAUGGAUCCAAUCUUGCCUCCGGGUCCUCCUGUGCCAAGAAUUGUUGAUACUACAAAUACAACAGUUGAAAUUGCCUGGACUCCUCCAUUGUACAAUGGUGGUGGAGAUAUUCUUGGAUAUCAUGUUGAGCAUUGCAUUGUUGGGGAGAAAGAAUGGAUUCGCAGCACUGAGUUCAGAUGCAAAGAAUGCAAGUAUACCUUGACUGGACUGACCGAGGGAGCAGAUUAUUACAUUCGAGUAUUUGCUGUAAAUGAAGCUGGUCAUGGAGUCCCAGGAAUGACUGAACCAGUUCAAGUGAAAGAGCCUGAACAGGCCCCAGGAAUUGAGUUUGAUAUCUCCGUAAGGAAUGGAGUAAUUAUAAAAGCUGGAGAGACUCUGAGAAUACCAGCUUAUGUUGUCGGUAGACCCACGCCAGAGGUGAAAUGGACAAAAGAUGAUGCUGAACCUGACAAAGAACGUGUUAUCAUUGAAACCGUUGGAAAAUGCAGCACUUUAAACAUCAAGAAUGCUCUGAGAACUGACCAUGGCAAAUAUGAGAUCACAGGAACCAAUUCCAGUGGAACAAAAUCUGCUUUUAUCAAGGUUGAUGUUAUGGAUGUCCCUGGACCAGUGGUGGAUCUAAAAACUGUCCAUGUCAGCAAGAAGAUGAUCUCACUUACUUGGUCUGAUCCUGUUGAUAAUGGUGGAAGUGAUAUCAUGGGAUAUGUUGUUGAGAGAAAAGAUGCCAAGAUGCACAUAUAUAGGCAACCACUGGAAACUGCUUCAUGCAAAUGUGACAUUGUUGGCCUUCUUGAUGGUGAAGAAUAUAUGUUCAGAGUGGUCGCAAGAAACAAGUUUGGCCUUGGUGUCCCUGUUGAACUUGGACCUGUCCUAGCUGUGGAUCCUAAAGGUGUGCCAUCUGCCCCAGAGAAGCUUCAUUACACUGCAAGGACCAAGAACACUGUUACACUUGCUUGGCAGCCUCCUCGCAGUGAUGGUGGUGCUCCCAUUAGAGGCUAUUAUGUUGAAAAGAUGCGACAAGACAGUGAUGGAUUUGAUGUUGCCAAUCGUCAGAUCUGUAAAGAUCUCACAAUUACACUAGAAAAUCUAAAUGAGAACAUGAUGUAUGACUUCAGAGUGAAGGCUGUCAAUGAGGUUGGCGAUGGUGAACCAUCCAAACCAAUAAAUGUCCAUAUUCAAGAUGAUGAGUUUGCCCCAACUGUGAAUUUGUUGAAGUAUUUCAAGAGCAAUACCAUAAUUGUCAAGAAAGGAGCAGCCAUUGAAAUCCCUGCUGAAAUUGCUGGUCUACCAUUGCCCACCUUUGAGUGGACAAAGAAUGGAGUUGGUCUUGAAAAAUCAACUGAGACCAUGACACUUGAAUCUGAGGAGAUUGACAGACAAACUAUCAAAACCAAGAUUGCCAUUCCUGAAACUAUAAGACAAGACACAGGCUUGUACAAACUAGCUGCCACAAAUAUUCAUGGGACUGGCCAGCAAAUUAUCAGAGUUGAUAUUUUAGAUCGUCCCUCACCACCGCAAAAUGUUGUGGUCUCUGAUGUUAAGGCUGAGUCUUGCUACCUCACUUGGGAUGCUCCAGAGGACAAUGGAGGAAGUGACCUCACCAAUUAUAUUGUUGAAAAGAGGGAUGCCAGCAAGAAGAAAUCGGACUGGGAGCAGCUGACAUGUUGCAUUAUGGACAGACGCUAUGGGGUGUACAAGCUUGAUACCUAUGGCACUUACCAGUUCCAGAUAAAAGCAGAGAACAAGUUUGGUGUCAGUGAUGGGUGUGAAUCAGAGAAAGUUGUCCUCAAGGAUCCAUAUGGUCUUCCUGGUCCACCCCAGAGACCAAGAAUCAUUGGACAUACGCGUUCAUCUAUGCUGGUAGCUUGGGAUCCUCCAAAGGACAAUGGUGGAUCAACCAUUCAGGGCUACUGGCUUGAAAAGAGAGAGAGAGGAGCUGUGUACUGGAGUCGAGUCAAUAGGGCUCCUGUAACAAAGCCAGCUGUUAAAAGCUUAGAGUACAAUGUGCUGCAUCUCAUUGAAGGUGCUGAAUACCAGUUCCGUGUGAUGGCACAAAAUGCUGCUGGAAUUGGACCCCCAAGUGAGGCAACAGAAUGUGUGUUUGCCUUGGAUCCAAGAAAUCCACCAAGCCAGCCACCUGCACCUCACGUGAAAGACAAGACAUCAAGCAGUGUAUCUCUAGCCUGGGCUGCACCAGAUAAGGAUGGUGGAAGCCCCAUUAAAGGCUAUAUUGUUGAGGUUCAGGAUGAAGGCUCACAAGAGUGGAAUAGAGUGAAUCAACCUGAUAAGCUCAUUCUCACUACGUCUUACACUGUGUCAGGGCUCAAAGAGAAGAAGAAAUGUCGAUUCAGAAUUGUUGCUGUUAAUGCUGCUGGUGAGUCAGAGCCAAGUCCCAGGACUGCUGACACCGUGGUACAGGAUAUCCUGGAGGAACCCGAUAUUACGAUAGAAGUCUCAGCUCAUGAGCUGCUUUCUUGUCGUGCUGGAACAACAAUUAAAAUCCCUGCCACCAUAUCAGGCAGACCUGUUCCAAAGGUUAAUUGGGAAUUUGAUGGAACUGCCCCAACAGAGAAGAAGAAUGAGCAACACAUUCUUCCAGUGGAUUCAAAUAUCUCAAUGACUGAUACCACAACAGAAGUAACUAUCCCUGAGUGUAAGAUCAACCACUCUGGACAGUACAUCAUUACUGCUUCUAAUCAAGCUGGUACUAAAGUGGUUAAAGUCCGGGUAACAGUUCUUGAUUUGCCUGGGCGUCCAAAAGAUCUCAAAAUCACUGACAUCACAAGAAGUACAUGCAGACUUACAUGGAAGCCUCCAGAUAAUGAUGGUGGUGAGAGAAUCAAGAGCUACUACAUUGAGAAGAAGACAGUUGAGGGAAAAGCCUGGACAAAGGUCAACCCAGCCUGUGCUAGUCAGUCCUUGGUAGUCCCAGACCUUGUUGAGGGACAAGACUACUUGUUCCGUAUUCGGGCUGAAAAUCGCUUUGGUAUUGGACCUGCUCUGGAAACCUUCCAAAGGACAAGAGCAAAGGAUCCCAUCCAUCCUCCUGACGCACCCACAAGAGUCAAAAUUGAGGACGUAUCCAAGGGGACAGUGACUUUGACAUGGAAGCCACCCAGAAAUGAUGGUGGAUCCCCUGUAACUCACUACAUUGUUGAACGACUUUGGUGGGAUUCUAGUGGAGAGCAGAGAGAGUCCUGGAGACAGUGCAAUAGACGUGACAUUGAUGCCACAACCUUCAAAGUGGAGGACCUCCACGAGGGUGCUGAGUAUGAAUUCCGCGUCAAGGCUGUAAAUGAGGCUGGUGCAAGUAGACCAUCUUCUACUGCGGGACCCAUCAUCGUUAAAGAACAGACAAGAGCACCUUCUAUUGAGCUCGAAGAGUUCAUGGAAGUUGAGCAGGCUACAGAUAUUAAAAUUGUUGCUAAGAUCAAGGGAUGCCCAUUCCCCACCCUUACCUGGCAGAAGGCCCCACCCCACAAAAGUGAUGCCAAGGUUGAUGUUGAAUAUGAUGAACAUAUUAAUAAGCUUGUGACUGAUGAUAGCUGCACUCUGCUGAUCCAGCAGGGCAAGCGCUCAGACACUGGUCUCUAUACACUCACUGCCAGCAACAGCUUAGGCAAGGUCUCCAAGGAGAUGAGACUUAAUGUUCUAGGACUUCCGGGACCUCCUUCUGCACCAAUCAAGUUUGAGGAGAUUCAUGCUGAAAAUAUUACCCUGUCAUGGCUACCUCCUAUAGAUGAUGGUGGCUCUAAAAUCACUAACUACACCAUAGAGAGACGUGUUGCCAAUAGAAAAACAUGGAUUCCUGUCCCAGGUGCACCCAAAGAGCGCAUGUUCACAAUUGAGGGUUUAAUGCCUGGCCAUGAGUAUGUGUUCCGAAUCAGAGCACAGAAUAAAUAUGGAGUUGGUGAACCUCUUGACAGUGAACCAGAGAUUGCUAGAGAUAUUUUCACUACUCCUGGCCAAUGUGAGAAACCAACCCUAUCAAGCAUUACAAUGGAUUCAAUUACUGUGAACUGGGAAGAGCCAGAUACAGAUGGUGGUAGUCCAAUUACUGGCUACUGGCUUGAGCGCAAAGAGACCACAACAAAACGCUGGAACAGAGUCACCCGUGAUCCAAUCAGGCCCAUGCCUUUUGGUGUUUCUUACAAAGUCACAGGACUCAUUGAAGGCUCUCAGUACCUGUUCCGUGUGACUGCAAUCAAUGCAGCUGGAUGUGGACCGCCAAGUUUGCCAUCUGACCCAACAUUUGCCAGAGAUCCAAUUGCUCCUCCUUCACCACCAACCCCCAAAGUUACUGGUUGGACAAAGACAACAGCUGACUUGGAAUGGAUUCCACCUCUAAAAGAUGGAGGCUCAAAGAUCAUGGGUUACUAUGUUGAAUACAAAGAGGAAGGCACAGAGGCAUGGGUUAAGGCCAAAGAAAAAGAAGUCAGAGGAACCAAAUUUGUAAUCACUGGGCUGAAAGAGAAUGGAUUUUACAAGUUUAGAGUUUUGGCAUUCAAUGCUGCUGGGCUAAGUGAACCAGGAGAAGUUGCUGAAGUUCUUGAAAUGAAGGAAAAAAUAAUUGCCCCGGGACUUGAAAUGGAUGUCUCAAUGAAAGAGAGGAUUGUUAUUCAUGCAGGUGGUGUGAUCCGUAUCAUAGCAUAUGUGUCAGGCCUGCCUGCACCUGACAUUACAUGGAACAGAGAUGGUGGAGUUGUCCCACCAGAGGCUGUUGUUGAGACCACAGCAAUCAGCACUUCAUUAGUAAUUAAGAAUUGCAAUAGAAAGCAACAAGGUGUUUAUAGCUUAACAGCAAAGAAUGCUGGAGGAGAGGUGAAGAGGACUGUCAUUGUUGAUGUUUUUGAUGUUCCUGGUCCAGUUGGCAUACCUUUUAUAGCAGAUAAUCUUACAACUGACUCAUGCAAAUUGACAUGGUUCUUCCCAGAGGAUGACGGCGGUUCUCCUAUAUCUAACUACGUAAUUGAGAAACGUGAAGCUGAACGCAAAGCUUGGACAGCAUGCUCAUAUAAUGCUGCUAGGCAAAAUGCUGUGGUUCAUAAUCUUAUUUUAGGAAAAGGAUACUUCUUCAGAGUUGCAGCUGAAAAUGCAGUUGGAGUUGGUCCAUUCCGUGAAACUGCAUGUGAAAUUAUCAUCAGGGAACGUCUAAGUGUCCCAGACCGGCCAGAGGAAGUUGAGGUCACUGCUGUCACUAAAGACUAUAUUAGUGUAAAAUGGAAGCCACCAAAGAAUGAUGGCGGUUGUGACGUGAUUUCCUACAUUCUAGAGGCACGGAUGAUUGGCAAGGACAAGUUUAUGAGAUUGACCAAAGAGAAACUGAUGGACAGGAGAUUCACCUAUGAUGGUCUCCGGGAGGGUGACACCUAUGAAUUCCGUGUGAGUGCAGUCAAUGAGAUUGGCCAGGGCAAGCCGUCCUUCUGCACCAAACCAAUCACAUGCAAAGAUGAGCUUGAACCCCCAACGAUUGAACUAGACUUCCGUGACAAAGUUAUUGUUCGUGUUGGCGAAAGUUUUGCUCUGCAAGGGCGCUACACAGGCAAGCCGACCCCUUCUGUUACAUGGUCAAGAGAUGAUGAGGAGCUGAAGGCAGAUCAACAUAUUCAGUUAAAGAAAACACUAAACACCAUGUGCCUUGGCAUUAUCAAGGCUCAGCGUGAACACAGUGGCAGAUAUUGUGUUACAGUUGAAAAUUGUACGGGGGCCCGCAAAGGCAUUUGCAAUGUCACUGUUGUUGACCGUCCACUGCCACCUGAAGGUCCAGUUAUAUUUGAGGAAGUUCAUAGAGAUCAUAUGGUAAUUUCUUGGAAGCCUCCUCUCGAUGAUGGUGGAUGUGAAAUUUCCAACUAUAUAAUUGAAAAGAGAGAUAUUAACAGGGACAUGUGGACCACCGUAACAUCUGCCACCACAAAAACCACCUGCAAAGUGCCCAAGCUUAUGGAAGGCCGUGUAUAUAUCUUGAGAAUCAGUGCUGAGAAUAUGUAUGGCAUCAGUGACCCACUGGAGUCUGAAGAAAUGAAGGCCAAGGACCUUUUCAGAGUACCUGAGGCACCUGACGAGCCUACAGUUAAAGAAGUGUACCAUGACUCAGCCCUGGUGCUUUGGAACCGCCCUCGUGAUGGUGGCAAGCCCAUUACUAACUACUACUUAGAAAAGAAGGAGCCCUCUGCUAAGAGAUGGUCCAGGGCAACUAGAGAUCCCAUCUACCCUGCUACCCAGUACAGGGUGCAAGAUCUCACUGAAGGCUGUGAAUAUGAAUUCCGUGUCACAGCAGAGAAUGAAAUUGGUACUGGAGACCCUAGCCCUCCUUCCAAGCCUAUCCUAGCACAGGAUCCUAUUGUUCUGCCUAGCCCACCUGUUCUACCUGAGGUCAUUGACAAAACAAAGGAUUCUGUGAGUCUGUCAUGGCGUGUUCCUCGCCAUGAUGGCAAAGGCAAAAUCUUUGGAUACCUUAUUGAGUAUCAGAAGCCUGGAGCAAUUGAAUGGAUGCAGGCCAAUGAGACACCAGAGUCAUGCCCUGAUACCAAGUUUAUUGUGAAGAACCUACCAGAGGGGAAAGAAUUCCGUUUCAGGAUCAUGGCUGUGAAUGCAGCUGGAAAAUCUGACCCUGCUUAUGUAAAGGAACCAGUUAAAGUGCAUGACAGACUUGAGGAGCCAGAGCUGUUGCUGGAUGCCAAUAUGUCACGGGACCAUCUUGCUAUGAUUGGAACAGAUAUCACACUAAGUGCUGUGAUUAAGGGCAUCCCAAUUCCCACUGUGUCUUGGAAGAAAAACGGUGAUGUCGUUCCUGCUCAUUGUGUUAUUGAAGUCACAGCAAGUGGAAGUAAACUGCAUAUAAAGAAAUGUACCCGUGCUGACUGUGGAAACUAUACUAUAACCAUUCAAAAUGCAGCAGGCUCAAAGACAGCAACAUGCACAGUGCUUGUUCUUGAUAAACCUGGACCUCCAAGAAAGCUUACUGUCUCGGAUGUCACAAGUGAGUCUGCUUAUCUAACCUGGCAAAAACCAGAGGAUGAUGGUGGCGCUGUGAUCUCUCACUAUGUUGUGGAGAAGAAAGAUGUUGCAGCUGAGAAGUGGGUACCAGUCUGUGCGUCAUCCAAGAAGCUUAGCCUCAUGGCUUUAUACCUAAUGGAGGGUGUUCAGUAUUUAUUCCGUGUGGCAGCUGAGAAUCAGUUUGGAAGAAGUGCAUAUACUGAAACCACCAAGCCUAUCAAGGCAGUUGAUCCUCUCUAUCCUCCUGGCCCUCCCAAGAAUUUGCACCAUGUAGAUGCAGAAAAAACUGAAGUAUGGCUUGAAUGGGAGUGGCCUGACCGCACUGGUGGAAGUGAAAUCACUGGAUUUAUUGUUGAGCAUCAAGAAGAAGGGGCUACUGAUUGGAUCACCUUCAAAACUGUCAGCAAUCCCAACUGCCAUGUUACUGGACUUCAAGAAGGAAAAACCUACAGAUUCCGUGUAAAAUCACAAAAUGCUAUCGGCAUUAGCCGACCAGAUACCAGUGUACCAAUUACUUGCCAGGAGAAGACUCUGGCACCAUCUAUUGAAGUUGAUGUGAAGCUCAUUGAGGGUCUUACUGUAAAGGCUGGAAGCACAAUUGUACUCCCUGCAGUCAUGAAAGGAAUACCAAUUCCAACACCCAAAUGGCUAAGUGAUGGCAAUGAGCUGAAAACAGAGGGCAAAUACAAGAUUGAUAAUGAAGGAACUUCAACAGUUCUAAGCAUUGCUGAUUGUGCAAGGACAGACAGUGGAGAAUAUAUACUUACUGUUUCAAAUCCUGCAGGAAGCAAGUCAGUUGCUCUUCAUGUAACAGUACUUGAUCUUCCCGGUCCUCCACUUGGACCUGUCAACAUCCUUGAGGUUACUCCUGAUCACAUGGUUAUCCAGUGGCGUCCACCUAAGGAUGAUGGUGGCACACCAUUGAUGAACUACAUUGUUGAAAAGAAGGAUGUCAAGAAGUCUUGGGAGCCAUGGUCUGUUGUGAGUUCUGGAAGUAACAGCACCAAAGCUAAGGUGCCACGUUUAGAGAAGGGUCGUGAAUAUAUCGUGCGCAUUCGUGCUGAGAACAAGAUUGGCAUUGGUGCUGCUCUUGAAAGUCCUCCAACUAUCGCCAAGCAUAUGUUUGAUCCACCAGGCCCACCAGGGUCACCAACAUGUUCUGAUAUCACAGAAAAUGCUGUGACAUUGUCAUGGACUGAACCAGAAACCGAUGGUGGAAGUCCAGUUAGUGGCUACAUUGUGGAACGCAGGGAAAUGACUGGUAAAUGGAUUUGUGUGAAUAAAAUACCAGUCUUGGAUCUUCGCUACAGAGUCUCUGGUCUUUUUGAGGGCAACAUCUAUGAAUUCAGAAUUUUUGCUGAAAAUGUUGCUGGUGUAAGUAAGCCUUCCUAUCCUUCAGACCAAAUAAAAGCCACACGCCCAAUUGCUCCUCCUGGACCUCCAAGUAACAUAAGACUGAAGGACUGGAGCAAGUCAUAUGCAGAUUUGGUGUGGAUCAAGCCUAACAGAGAUGGCGGUAGCCCUGUUUUAGGAUAUGUUGUUGAAUGCCAGAAAUCCGGCUCUGCACAGUGGGACAGGAUCAAUAAGGACCCUAUCAAGCAAUGCGCAUUCAGAGUCCCAGGACUUAUUGAAGGCACAGAGUACAGAUUCCGUAUUAGAGCAUCUAACAAAGUUGGGGAUGGAGAGCCACGAGAGCUAACAGAGACAGUACUUGCCAAAGACAUCCUUGUACCUCCAGAGGUUACUGUUGAUGUUGCUUGCCGUGACCUUGUAACAGUUCGGGCAGGACAGAUCAUCAACCUUGUCGCCCGAGUUAAAGGCAGACCUGAUCCUGAAAUCACAUGGACUAAGGAUGCAAGAGCCUUAGGCAGAGACAAGCGUACAGAGAUGAUUAACAACUUUCCACUUGUUGAACUAGUCAUUCAGGAUGCUGUAAGAGGAGAUUAUGGAAAAUAUGCAAUUCAAGCUAAAAAUAGCAGUGGUCAAGCAAAUGCUACAACCAUUGUUAAUGUGCUUGACAUUCCUGGACCUUGCCAGAACUUGAAGGUUGCAUAUGUGACCAAAGACUCCGGCAUGGUGUCUUGGGAAAAUCCAGAGGACAACGGUGGCACUGAAAUUACAAAUUACAUAAUUGAGUGCCGUCAACCUAGUCAAAGAGGAUGGACAAUUGUUUCAUCUGACUGCACCAAACGUCUUGUAAAGGCUCCGCUUGUUGAGAACUGUGAAUAUUUCUUCCGUGUUAGCGCAGAGAACAAAAUUGGUGCAGGACCACCAACAGAAACAAAAACAGCAGUCCUUGCUGUUGACCCAGUUGAGAAACCUGGUGAGCCAGAGAAUUUCCACAUUACUGAAAUUGGAAAAACCUUUGUCUUCCUUAAAUGGAAGAAGCCAGAAUAUGAUGGUGGUAGCCGCAAUCUUGCUUAUCAUGUGGAAAAGAAACCAAAAGAAGCAGAAGAAUGGGAAAGACUCCACAAAGGCGCUAUUAAAGAGACAUAUUUCAUGGCUGAUAGAUGCAUAGAAAACCAAAUAUAUCAGUUUAGAGUACAAGCAAAAAAUGAAGGAGGAGAGAGCAACUGGGUGACUACAGCUGAAGUUCUUGUAAAGGAGGAACUUGCAGUUCCUGAGAUACAUGUCAAGUUGGAAGGUGCUCUGAUAGUUAAAGCUGGAGAUUCCAUUCCAAUUGAGGCAGAGGUUAAAGGCAAACCACAACCAGAUGUGAAAUGGGCUAAAGAAGGUGAUGCUGGAGAUAUCACUCGAAGUCCUCGACUACAGAUUGAGACUGGUGUUAACUUCUCUAAAUUCCUGCUUACAAAUGCAAAACGAGCAGAUGCUGGAAAAUAUACUGUCACUGCAACAAAUGCUGCUGGAACCUGUACUGCUGAGGCUAAAGUGAAUGUUCUUGACAGGCCUGGACCUAUUAGAGAUCUCAAGGUUUCAGGAAUUUCAGUGGAUAGAUGCAAGUUGGAAUGGGAAGUGCCCGAGGAUGAUGGUGGUUGUGAAAUUUAUAAUUACAUCAUUGAGAAAUGUGAGACAAAGAGAGGUGUCUGGUCAAUUCAUUCUUCAGCUGUUAUAAAAAAUUAUGCUAAUGUAACUCGUCUAAUUGAAGGAAAUGAGUACAUCUUUAGAGUAAGGGCAGAGAAUAAGAUGGGGACUGGACCUGCUGUACAAACAGAGUCUAUUGUUGCAAGGACCCAGUUCAGUAGACCUGGUGCUCCAGAUGUGCCUGAGGUGACCAAAGUUGCAAAAGAUGAAAUGACAGUUGUAUGGUGUGCCCCUGAUAAUGAUGGUGGAAAACCCAUCACUGGUUAUAUUCUUGAAAAGAAAGAAGAACAUGGCAUUAGAUGGGCACCAGUUACUAAAUCUCCUAUUACCAAUACACAUUUGACUGUAACAGGAUUGUUGCCUAAUCAUGAAUACCAAUUCCGUGUAAAGGCUGAGAAUGAGAUUGGAGUUGGUGAUGCAAGCAAGCCAUCUAGAACAUUCACUGCAAGGGAUCCUGUUGGGCCUCCUGGUCCUGUUGGAAACUUAAAGGUGACUGAUAGUUCAAAGACAUCAAUCACUCUUGGAUGGACAAAGCCUACAUAUGAUGGUGGUGCUCCACUCAUUGGAUAUGUAGUUGAGCUCCGAGUCAAGGGUACAGGCAAGAAGGGAGAUGAAGGAUGGAAGAGGUGCAACGUUGCUGCCCAGCUGAUUGGAACAGAGUUCACAGUCACAAGUCUGGAUGAGAAUCUUGAGUACGAAUUCCGUGUUUCUGCGCAAAACCAGAUAGGUUUGAGCCAACCAACUAAUCUUGAGGGAGCUGUUUCUCCACGAGACAUUUUUGAGGCGCCUGAAGUUGUUUUGGAUGCUGAGCUGAAGAAAGGUCUUACUCUUAGAGCUGGCUGCCCAAUAAGAAUAGUUGCAACUGUCAGGGGACGACCACCUCCCAAGGUGCUAUGGAGAAGAAUGGGAAUUGAUAAUGUUGUCAAGAAGGGUCAUGUGGAUCUCAUUGACACAAUGACAUUCCUUGUCAUCCCUGAUACCACCCGUGAUGAUUCAGGCAAAUAUUCGCUGACUGUAACAAGCCCAGCAGGAGAAAAAGCUGUAUUUAUCGAUGUCAGAGUACUUGACACACCUGGACCAGUUGUUGGUCUGGAGGUCACGGACAUUACAACGGUAUCUUGCAACCUCUCAUGGUCCCCACCUGAAAAUGAUGGUGGCAGUGAAGUAACUCAUUAUAUUGUUGAGAAGCGUGAAAUAGAUCGCAAGACUUGGGCAACAGUUAAAACUGAUGUAGACAAAACAACCUUUAAAGUCAGCAAUCUUGUACCAGGAACAGAAUAUUACUUCAGAGUUACUGCAGUGAAUGCGUAUGGUCCAGGUGUUCCAAAAGCCACACAGCGAUCAUAUUUGGCUUCUGAUCCUAUCAGUAAACCUGACCCACCACAGAAGGUUGAUGUUUUGGAGAUUACUAAGAACAGUGCUAAGGUGGGCUGGGUGAAACCAAUGAGGGAUGGUGGAGCUAAGAUUGAUGGCUACAUUAUUGACUACCUUGAGCUUCCUGAGCCCAAAACGACCAAGGAACCAGUGGUGGGUGAAAGUGAGGUGGAGCCUGGUGCUGAGCCUCCGCCCCCACCACCAGUGGUGAAGGAGGAAGAACAACAGCCAGUAAAGAAAGAAUGGACACCAUAUACUGUUGUGAAAGAUUUAUGUAUCUCUGUUGUUGGGCUGAAGGAGGGAAGGAAAUAUCGCUUCAGAGUAGCUGCACGAAAUGCCAUGGGAGCUAGUCUUCCCACUGAAACCAAAGAAGCAUAUGAGAUUAAAGAACAGAUGUUGGAACCCAAGGUUAUCAUGUCGGAGUUUGUCACUGCAAAAGCAGGAGCAAAAGUGAGAGUUGAGGCUCUUGUAUCUGGGAAGCCAGCACCUGUGUGUCAGUGGAAGCGAGGAGAUGAUAAUGUGGUCCCCUCAAGCCGCCUUGCAGUACACAAAUCCCAGAAUAUGUGUGUGCUCAUCAUCAAAGAUGUCUCAAGAACAGAUAGUGGUCAAUAUAGCCUUGUUGCAGAGAACAGCUCAGGAAAGGUGGAACAAGUUAUGAAAAUUGUCAUUAAAGAUAUUCCUGGACCACCUGAGCCCCCAUUUGAAAUAAGCGAUAUUGACUCUGAUGCCUGCACAUUGUCCUGGAACAAGCCACUUGAAGAUGGUGGUAGCAAUAUCACUAACUACGUGGUUGAGAAAUGUGAUGUGAGCAGAGGUGACUGGGUUACUGCUGUUUCCAGCUGUGGCAAGACUGGUUGCAGACUUGGGAAACUUAUUCCUGGAAAGGAGUAUAUGUUCCGUGUUCGUGCAGAGAACCGUUUUGGAAUUUCUGACCCCAUUACAUCUGAGAGGAUGAUAGCUAAAUUCCCCUUUGAUGUUCCUGGUGAACCCUUGAACUGUCGCAUUACAAAAAUAAACAAGGACUGCAUGUUUGUAGCUUGGGAUAAGCCAGAGUCAGAUGGUGGCAGCCCAAUUACUGGAUAUUACAUUGAAAGAAAAGAGAGGAAUAGUCUCUUAUGGGUUAAGGCUAAUGAUUCAGUUGUGCGAACAACUGAAUAUCCUUGUGCUGGUCUAAUUGAAGGUCUGGAAUACACUUUCAGAGUAUCUGCUAUUAACCGUGCAGGACAGGGCAAACCAAGUGCAAAAACUGAUUUUGUCACAGCAAGAACACCAGUGGAUGCUCCAGGUAAACCAGAGGCACUUGACAUUACCAAAAAUAGAGUUACACUGGUUUGGUCCAAACCAAAGAAUGAUGGUGGAAGCAAGAUCAUUGGAUACUAUGUUGAAGCCUUGAAGAUUCCUGGAGACAAAUGGGUGCGAUGCAACACAAGCAGUCAAAAUGUACCUCGGGAAGAGUACACUGUAUCUGGAUUGGAUGAGGGUGCCCAAUAUCAAUUUAGGGUUAUUGCAAAAACAGCCAUUAACCUUAGCAGGCCAUCUGAAGUCAGUGACCCUAUUCUAGUGUCUGCAGAGAAUGUUCCUCCCAGAAUAGAACUGUCAAUACAGAUGAAGAAGAUGGUGCCAAAGAAAGCUGGGUCAGAUAUCUGCCUUGAAGCUGAAGUUUUUGGCAAACCAAUGCCAAAGGUUACAUGGAGCAAGGAUGGAAAAGUGUUGAGCAUGGAUAAAGACAUGAAGAUGUCACAACAGAGACACCUAUUUUGUCUAAACAUCACUGCAGUUACAAAACUCCAUACAGGGCAGUACAGCAUUCUUGCUGAGAACGCAAGUGGCUCUAAGACAGCAGACAUACAGCUCACAGUUUUGGAUGUACCUGGUCCACCUGCCACUAUCAAGUUAAAAGAGGUACUUUCGGAUCGUGUAAAAUUGAGCUGGACAGCUCCACUUGCAGAUGGUGGUUCACCGAUUACAAAUUACAUUGUGGAUAAGCGUGAGUCAAGCCGGGCUAACUGGGCCCAGGUUUCUACUAAAAUCAGUGGUGAUACAACAGAAUUUUGUGUGGAAAGGCUGAUGAUUGGUCAUGAAUACCAGUUCCGUGUACGUGCUGAAAACCGAUAUGGAGCUGGCGAUGCCAUCCUCUCAGAUCCUGUUGUUGCAAAGGACCCUUUCACUGUUCCUGGACAAUGUGAUCCACCAAUCAUUACAAAUAUGACAAAAGAGAAAAUGACUGUAAGCUGGAAGGAACCCUCUGAUGAUGGCAACUCUACCAUUCUUGGAUAUAUUGUUGAGAAGCGUGAGACCAAAGAAAUAAACUGGACCAAACUGAAUAGGAAACCAUUACUUGAAAGAUCGCUUGAAGUUGGAGGUCUCUCAGAAGGGGCUCAGUAUGAGUUUAGAGUUACUGCAGUUAACAAAGCUGGUCUCGGAAAACCCAGUGAGCCAUCAGAUUCUGCUGCUGCAGUUGAUCCUAUUUAUCCUCCUGGACCACCAGUUUCCCCUAAGGUUACAGACACAAGUAACAGCACUAUUAGCUUAUCUUGGACUAAACCUGCAAAUGAUGGUGGAAGUGAAAUUUUGGGAUAUCUAGUUGAAUGCAAGAGAACAGAUGCAACAGACUGGAUCCGAUGCAAUGUCCCAAAGAACCUACAGGACACACACUAUGUUGUUACUGGACUCUUGGAGAAAUCAGAAUAUCAACUACGUGUCAGUGCUGUGAACAAAGUUGGCUUUAGUCAGCCAUGUGAAGUCCCAGAUAAGCAUGUUGCAAAGGACGUGUUUGUUGCACCUGAGGCUGAACUUGAUGCAGUGUUGAAGGAUACAUUGGUGCUUCAGGCUGGUGCUCGAAUGAAACUUCAUGCCAAAAUUAAAGGCCGUCCUCUUCCAAAGGUCACGUGGGCCAAGAUGAACACCAACAUAAAGGACAGACAGGGAAUCGUCAUUAAAGUCACAGACACUGACACAAUGGUUUAUGUUGAAAAAGUUAAUAGAUAUGAUGCAGGAAAAUACAUUCUCAACCUUGACAGUGUCAGUGGCAUGAAGAUGUACACAGUUGUUGUUAAGGUUAUUGAUACCCCAGGCCCACCCCUAAACCUGAUGGUGAAAGAGACAACAAAGGACAGUGCAUCUAUCAUGUGGGAUGAACCAUUAAUUGAUGGUGGAAGUGAAAUUACAGGUUACAUAGUAGAAAAACGUGAUGCAGAGAGAAAAGCAUGGUCCACAGUUUCAACCAGCUGUGACAAAACAUCUUUCAGGAUUGAGGGCCUGGAGCCUGGUAGAUCCUACUACUUUAGAGUCAAGGCUCAGAAUAAGUAUGGUACUGGUGAGCCUGGUGAAACAGCAGAUGCUGCCAGAGCCUCUGAACAACCUGGAUCAGUGUUGGAUUUCAAGGCCUUGCUAGUAACCAAAGAUUCAUGCACUCUUUCUUGGAAGAAACCAGUUAGUGAUGGUGGUAGUCGAAUAAUUGCAUAUGUGCUUGAAGUUCUUAAUGGUGAGGACAAAUGGAAGGAGCUUCUAAGAUCCAAGAACAUGCAAUAUAGUGCUAAAGAUCUUGUGGAAGGAAGGGAAUACAAAUACAGAGUAAUGGCAACCAACGAUGCAGGCAAUGGUCCAGUGAAGGAGCUCUCCAUUGUGGCAAAAGAUGUUAUUGUUUAUCCCAACUGUGAUUUACGGGAUUUGCCAAACUUGAACUACAUCGCAAAAGAGGGAAGCACUGUUCGACUCAAGAUUCCAAUCAUUGGUAAACCUGUCCCAACAGUCUCAUGGAAGAAGGGUGAAGAUGAAAAUUUGACUGACACUGGAAGAGUUUGUGUAGAAUCUACUGCUGUUAAUACAACGCUCUUGAUUCGGGACUGCCAGAGGAGUGAUGCUGGAAAAUAUACCAUCACUCUUCGUAAUAGUGCUGGAUCAAAAGAAUCCUCUAUCUUUGUAAGAGUCGUUGGCAAACCAGGAAUUUGUACAGGACCUAUCAAGUUUAAGGAAGUAACAGCUGAUGGAGCUACCUUAAAAUGGGGUGUUCCUAAAGAUGACGGAGGAUCAGAAGUGACCAACUACAUUCUAGAGAAACGUGAUUCCAUUACCAAUAUGUGGGUAACUGUUUCCUCAGCGGUGGACACAAACAGUUAUAGGGUGGCUGGUCUCCAUGAAGGAACAGAAUAUAUCUUCAGAGUUUCAGCAGAAAACAAAUAUGGAGUUGGAGAAGGACUAAAAUCUGAACCCAUGGUUGCCAAGCAUCCAUUCAAUGUCCCUGAUGCUCCACCUGCACCACAAAUCUUGAGCAUGCGUCAUGACUCAGCAACCUUGGCUUGGUCUGAUCCACGAAAAACGGGCGGUUCACCAAUUACAGGAUAUCAUGUGGAAUUCAAGGAAAGAAACAGCAUGUUAUGGAAACGAGCUAACCCAGCACCUUUAAAAAUGAAAGAAUUCAAAGUAACAGGUUUAACUGAGGGCCUGGAAUAUGAGUUUAGAGUGAUGGCUAUAAAUUUGGCUGGUGUUGGUAAGCCAAGUCCUCCAACUGAGCCAAUGGUUGCCUUGGAUCCUAUUGAUCCUCCUGGUAAACCUGAUGUAAUCAGCAUCACAAGAAGUACUGUAACACUUCAAUGGACCGAACCUCAGUAUGAUGGUGGACACAGACUUACAGGUUACAUUGUUGAGAGACGUGACCUUCCUGCAAAGGUCUGGGUGAAAGCCAAUGCUGUAAACGUUGUGGAAUGCGCAUAUACUGUGACUAACUUGCAGGAGGGUUGCAAGUUCGAAUUCAGAAUCAGAGCCAAGAAUGCAGCUGGGGCAAUAAGUCCACCAUCUGAACAAACCGAUACUCUUGUAUGCAUGGAUGAAUAUGCGGCACCAACCAUCAUUAUUGAGCCCACAGUAAAGGAAGGGCUUACAGUCAGAGCUGGAGACACAAUAGUCAUUAGAGCAACAAGUAUUUUAGGCAAACCUGCACCAAGUUCAGUCUGGUCAAAAGGAGGAAAGUACUUCAAGCCAUCAGAUAUAUGCCAGAUUGAAACUACUCCUACAUCCUCUACUCUGUCUUUCAAAUAUGCAAGCAGAAAAGAUUCAGGGGAAUAUACCAUUACAGCAAGCAAUCCAUUUGGUGUCAAAGAAGAAAAUGUCAAAGUAAAGGUGUUAGAUGUUCCUGGCCCCCCAGGACCAAUUGAAACAAGUGGCAUAUCAUCUGAAAAGGUUACUUUGACCUGGGCACCACCUAAUGAAGAUGGCGGAUCUGCAAUUGAGUAUUACAUUCUAGAAAAGAGGGAAACAAGCCGUCUUCUUUGGACAAUUCUUGCAGAAAAGGUUAUUGACUGCCAUUUUGUUGCAAAUAAACUAAUCCAAGGGAAUGAAUACAUAUUCCGUGUAUCAGCUGUCAACCAUACUGGAGCUGGGGAUUUUUCAAAUUCAGAGCCUGUGAAGAUGGUGGAUAAUUAUGGUCCCCCAGGCCCUCCAGCAAGACCAGAGGUGGAAAAUAUUGGAGGCAGUACUGCUACAAUUACAUGGAAGAGACCAGCUGAUGAUGGAGGCAGUGAUAUCACAGGUUACAUGGUUGAGAAAAAGGAAAGAAAGGGCAUAAGGUGGUCAAGAGCAUCAAAGAAGACUGUACCUGACCUUCAGUUUGAGGUGCAGGGCCUCACAGAAGGAGAAGAGUAUCAAUUCAGAGUAACUGCUGAGAACAAGGCCGGCUUUGGGGAACCCAGUGAGCCAUCACAACCUGUUAGAACAAAGGUCAUGGCAGAUGUACCCGGACCCCCAGUCAACCCAAGAGUCACGGAUACAACAAAAACCACAGCUGAACUGCAUUGGGGUAAACCCAUUAAUGACGGUGGCAUGCCUGUUACAGGAUAUACUGUUGAGCACAAAAAGGAUGGAGAAGACACAUGGGUGAAGGAUACAACUACACCUUUAAUGAUCACAGAAUUUGUUGUUCCAAACUUGGAGACUGGAGCAAAGUAUCAUUUUAGAAUUAGCGCCAUGAAUGCAAUGGGAGUUGGGGAACCAGCACAAACAGUAGACCUUAUUGAAAUUAUUGAACGUGAAGUAAUCCCAGACCUGGAACUUGAUGUUGAAUUGAGAAGAACACUAGUUGUCAAAGCCGGAGGCUCUAUUCGCAUAUUUGUUCCAAUUAAAGGGCGUCCAACUCCAUCUGUGACUUGGACAAAGGAGGAAACUGCACUAAAAACCCGUGCAAACAUUGACACUACAGAGUCUUAUACUCUUUUAGUCAUUCCUGAUUGCAACAGACAUGAUGCUGGAAAAUAUGAAUUGACAUUAGAGAAUGCUGCUGGAAAGAAGACUGCCUAUGUGAAUGUUAAAGUUUUGGACUCUCCUGGGCCUCCUAUCAAUCUUAAACCAAAAGGCUUUGACAAGGAAAGUGUUACACUUCAGUGGGAACCACCUCUUAUUGAUGGUGGUGCAAAGGUUACUAAUUAUAUCAUUGAAAAAAGAGAAGCUACUCGCAAAGCAUAUGCUACUGUAGUAACAAAAUGUGCCAUGUGUUCUUUGAGAAUUCCAAAUUUAUCAGAGGGGUCAGAAUAUUAUUUCAGAGUAUCUGCGGAAAAUGAAUUCGGAAUUGGUGAAGCCGUAGAAACCCUAGAUCCCAUCAGAGCAUCUCAAGCACCAAGUCCCCCUGAAACAGUCACAAUUACCGAUGUUACCAAAAACUCAGUUAGUCUUGCAUGGACCAAACCAAAACAUGAUGGUGGAAGCAGAAUAACUGGGUAUGUUAUUGAGGCUCAGAAAAAAGGAACAGACCAGUGGGCUCACGUGACCACUGUAAAGUCUUUAGACUUUACUAUAAAGAAUUUAAAUGAAAAUGAGGAGUAUAUAUUCCAUGUCAUGGCUGUUAAUUUAUCAGGCAGAAGCCAUCCUCGUGAAAGUAAGCAUGUUGUUAUAAGAGAACAAAGCACAGAACCAGAAUUUGACUUGCGGGGUAUCUGCCAGAAGACAGUCAUAGCAAAGGCUGGAGAUAACAUAAAGGUUGAGGUACCCGUAAUUGGGCGUCCUAAACCAACGGUAACAUGGCAGAAAGACCAUCAACCUCUCAAGUUAACACAAAGGACAAUGAUUGAAAAUACCUCUACUUCGACCAUCUUGAUUAUAAAUGAAUGUUUGAGAAGUGACACUGGAGUGUAUUCAAUUACAGGGAAAAACAUAGUUGGUUCAGUUACUGAUAACAUCAUAAUCAAAGUGCAUGAUGUCCCUGGACCACCUAGGGGACCAAUAAAAUUAGACAAAAUAUCUCGUAAUUCCAUUGAGUUCUCAUGGGAUUUACCUGAAAAUGAUGGAGGUGUACCAAUCAAUAACUAUGUCAUUGAAGUAAGGGAAACCACCACUCAGAAUUGGACAGAACUGUCUUCAAUGGUCAUUCGAACAACAUUUAAAGCAACUCGUCUAACAACAGGAAUGGAAUACCAAUUUCGUGUAAAGGCCAAAAAUAGAUAUGGUGUAGGACCUCCAAUUACCUCAGAGGCUGUAGUUGCAGCUUAUCCAUUUAAGGUGCCUGGACCACCAGGCACUCCCAAGGUUGUCGAAUUCACAAAGGACACAAUGACAGUUGGCUGGAAUGAGCCAGUUAAUGAUGGGGGAAGUGAAGUUAUUGGAUAUCAUGUUGAAAGAAAAGAGAGGAACAGCAUUGUCUGGCAUAGAAUUAGCAAAGCUCUCGUGGUAGGAAACCUUUUCAAAACAACUGGACUGGCGUCUGGCACUGCAUACGAGUUCCGUGUGAUGGCUGAAAAUGUAGCUGGAAUUGGGAAACCAAGCAAAGCAUCAGAACCCAUGCUUGCUCUUGAUCCAGUGGAUCCACCUGGUCAGCCUAUACCAAUCUAUGUGUCUAAAAAUGCAAUCACAAUUCAGUGGACAAAGCCAGAAUAUGAUGGUGGGUUCAAGAUUACGGGUUAUAUUGUGGAAAAAAGAGAUCUACCAGCUGGGCGCUGGAUAAGGGCCAACUUCACAAACAUUAUUGAAACCACCUUUACUGUUAGUGGUCUAACCAAAGAUGCAUCCUAUGAAUUCCGUGUACUUGCAAGAAAUUCAGCUGGUGCUAUUAGUAACCCAUCAGAUCCAUCAGAUCCAAUAAUUUGUAAAGAUGACAUUGAAGAACCAAAAAUUAGGGUUGAUGCCAAAUUUAAGGAUGUUGUGCUUCUUAGGGCAGGAGACACGUUCAAACUUGACGCUGAUGUUACAGGCCAGCCACUGCCAUCUAUGGUUUGGACCAAAGACGGAAAGGACAUUGAAAACACUUCUAAACUACAGAUGAAAAUGACAGACCUCACUGCUUCUUUGGUUAACAAGGACUCUCUUAGAAAAGAUGGAGGUCAGUUUGUUCUGACAGCUACUAAUAUGGGUGGAUUUGCUAAACAUAUAUUCAAUGUUAAAGUCCUUGAUAGACCAGGACCACCUAGAGGACCUCUUAUGGUUUCAGAUAUCACAGCAGAAAAAUGUGUGCUUACAUGGGCUCCACCUGAAGAUGAUGGUGGGGCAAACAUUGAACAAUAUGUAAUUGAAAAACGUGAGUCAAGCAGACUUGCCUGGACAAAUGUGGCAACAGACUUGCAAGUUACGCAGUACCAGGUAACAAAAUUGCUCAAAGGAAAUGAAUACAUUUUCAGAGUUAUGGCUGUUAAUAAGUAUGGAGUUGGGGAAGCCCUUGAGUCUGACCCAACAAUUGCAGACAACCCUUAUGUUCCACCUGAUCCUCCACAAAUGCCCGAGAUUACAGCUGUCACAAAGGAUUCAAUGGUGCUUUGCUGGGGAGCUCCUGCAAAUAAUGGUGGAAGUGAAAUCACUAACUAUGGCAUUGAGAGAAGAGACAGAAUUGGUUUACGCUGGGUAAAAUGCAACAAGAAGAAGGUAACUGAUUUACAUUUCAAGGUAACUGGACUUGUUCCAGGACAUGAAUAUGAAUUCAGAGUUUUUGCAGAGAAUGUAGCUGGAGUCAGUGCACCAAGUCCCUCAAGUCCCUACACAAAAGCUACAGACACACUGUUCAAACCAGGCCCACCUGGUAACCCAAGGAUCUUGGACACAACAAGUUCUUCUAUCACACUUGCAUGGAAUAAGCCAUUGUAUGAUGGUGGCUCUGAAAUCACUGGAUACAUUGUUGAGACCUGUAUACCUGGAACUGAAGAGGAGGAAUGGACAAUUGUCUCUCCUAAAGAUGGACUGAAAGCAACAUCAUUUACUAUAACAGCUCUUAAGGAGAAUCAGGAAUACAAAAUAAAUAUCUCAGCCGUUAACAGUGAGGGUAUUGGAGAAGCAGCAUCCGUUCCUGGUUCACCUAAAGCUGAAGAGAGAGUCUUACCACCAGAAAUCGACCUUGAUGCUGACCUUCGUAAGGUUGUGAAUAUUAGAGCAUGUAACACCUUAAGGCUCUUUGUGCCAAUUAGAGGAAGGCCAACUCCAGAAGUCAAAUGGUCAAGAGAGAAUGAUGAACCUUUGGAUAGAGCUACAAUUGAGAGUACAUCAUCUUUCACAUCCUUAGUAGUUGAAAAUGUGAAUAGAUUUGACAGUGGUAAAUAUAUUUUGACUGUGGAGAACAGCUCUGGAAGCAAAUCCGUUUCUGUGACUGUUAGAGUUCUAGAUACACCUGGUGCACCACAAAACCUCCAAAUCAGCAAAGUUACUAAAGAAUCUGUCUCACUUGUAUGGGAUCCUCCACUAAAUGAUGGUGGUGCAAAGGUUAAGAACUACAUUGUUGAAAAGCGUGAGGCAACAAGAAAGGCCUAUGCUACAGUUAAUGCUAAUUGUCAUAAAACAACAUGGACUGUUGAUCAGCUUCAAGAAGGAUGCAAUUACUACUUCAGAGUACUGGCAGAGAAUGAGUAUGGCAUUGGCCUCCCUAUUGAAACCAGUGAAUCAGUCAAAGUGUCAGAAAAACCACUUCCUCCAGGAAAGAUUAUACUUCAAGAUGUGACAAAGACAAGUGUCACACUGUCAUGGGAGAAGCCUGAACAUGAUGGAGGAAGUAGAGUGGUUGCAUAUGUUGUAGAGAUGCAGAGUAAAGGCAGUGAGAAAUGGACACAGGCCAUGAUUGUCAAGGUACCAGAGGCAGUUAUUUCUGGGCUUACUCCUGGUGAAGAGUACAUGUUCCGUAUUUCAGCUAGAAAUGAAAAAGGCACCAGUGAUCCUCGCCAAAUUGGUGUUCCAGUGAUUGCUAAAGACCUUGUAAUUGCCCCAUCUGCCAAGUUGUUAUUUUCAACAUUUAGUGUUCUUGCUGGAGAGGAUUUGACAAUAGAUAUCCCAUAUAUUGCUCGUCCCAAAGCUGCAGUCUCUUGGGUGAAGGAUGCUGCACCACUUAAGCAAACAACCAGGGUUAACUUCUCUUCCACAGACAACCAGUUGAAUCUUGUAAUCAAAGAGGCAUGCAGAGAUGAUGUUGGCCAGUACAGCAUCAAACUUACAAACACAGCUGGUGAGACAUCAGUGAAUAUAGGAGUAGUUGUCCUUGACAAACCUGGCCCACCAGUUGGCCCAGUGAAAGUUGAAGCAGUAACAGCUGACAGUGUCACUUUUUCAUGGAAACCACCAGAGUAUGAUGGAGGCUGCACCAUUAAGAACUAUCUGGUGGAGAAAAGAGACACAUCCACAACAAACUGGGUAGUUGUAGCAGGAAAUCUAGCCAGAACCAAGGUUAAAGCUGGAAGACUAAAAACAGGAACUGAAUAUCAAUUUAGAAUCACUGCUGAAAACAGAUAUGGCAAAAGCCCUCUGCUUAUCUCAGAGUGUGUUAUUGCACAGUAUCCAUAUAAGCUUCCAGGACCACCUGGAACACCCUUCAUUCAUUCUUCAACCAAAGAUAGUAUGGUUGUGAUGUGGAAUGAGCCAGUUAUUGAUGGAGGAAGCACAAUUUUGGGUUACCAUCUUGAACGUAAAGAGAGAAACAGCAUUCUCUGGGUCAAGCUUAAUAAGAGUAUAAUCCAGGACACAACUUACAAGACCACAGGCCUUGAGGAAGGCCUUGAAUAUGAAUUUAGAGUGUAUGCUGAGAACAUUGUUGGUAUUGGAAAGGCAAGCAAAAUAUCAGAGGGACAUGUGGCACGAGAUCCUUGUGAUCCUCCUGGUACACCUGAGGCAGUUAAAAUUACAAAGAAUUCCAUCACUAUCAUGUGGACUAAACCUGAGUAUGAUGGUGGAAGCAAGGUCACAGGCUAUAUUGUUGAAAAGAAAGAACUACCUGAAGGACGGUGGCUGAAGGCAAACUUCACCAAUGUUAUUGAAACAGAGUAUACUGCCACAGGUCUCACAGAAGACCAGAAAUAUGAGUUUCGGGUUAUUGCAAGAAAUGCAGCAGGAGUUUUUAGUGAUCCUUCAUACAGCACUGGCCCCAUUACCGCUAAGGAUGAGAUUGAACCUCCUCGCAUCAGCCUAGACCCACACUACACACAGGCAAUAGUUGUAAGUGCAGGAGAAUCAUUUAAGAUUGAUGCAGAUGUCCAUGGAAAACCAGUACCAACAAUUCAUUGGAUGAAGGGAGAUCAAGAACUUGGAAACACCAUACAUCGUGAAAUUAAAAACACCAUAAGCUUUGCAUGCUUGUCUGUAAAAGAGGCCAAGCUUGCUGAUGGUGGCCAGUACACUCUGCUGCUAAGGAAUCCAGGUGGUGAGAAAGCUGUCCAGGUCAAUGUUAAUGUUCUAGAUAAACCUGGUGUGCCAGAGGGUCCCAUAUCCAUUACAGGGGUUACCAGUGAACAAUGCUGCCUUGCAUGGAAACCCCCAAAACAGGAUGGUGGAAGCACAAUCACUCAUUACAUUGUUGAAAGAAGAGAGACAAGCAGACUCAUCUGGACUCUUGUUGAACCCAAAAUUCAAGCUGAAACUUUGAAAGUAACAAAACUCCUUGAAGGCAAUGAAUAUAUUUUUAGGGUUUUGCCAGUGAAUAAGUUUGGAGUUGGUGAAGCACUUCAGUCUGACCCAGUUCUUAUUAAGGACCCAUUUAUGCUUCCAGAUGCUCCAAAGGGAAUAGAGGUUUCUGAUAUCAAGAAAGACUCAAUGGUAUUAAGUUGGGAGGCACCUUCAAGUGAUGGUGGCACUCCUGUCACUGGAUAUAUCAUUGAAAAACAUGACAAGGAGGGUGUUAGAUGGAUCAGAUGCAACAGGAAAACAGUCACAGACUUAACCUUCAAAAUCACUGGGCUCCUUGAGGCCCACCUCUAUGAAUUUAGAGUUGCAGCUGAAAAUGCUGUUGGGGUUGGUGAGCCUAGCUCAGCAACAGUAUUCUAUAAAGCUCUGGAUCCUGUGUUCAAGCCAGGUCCUCCACAUAAUCCUAAGGUGAUAGACACAACCAAAUCAUCCGUGUCACUUGCAUGGGGCAAACCUUUUUAUGAUGGUGGAUGUGAAAUCCAGGGAUAUAUUGUUGAGUCAUGUGAGGUAAAAGCAGCAGCAGAGGAGACAAAACCUGCUCGGGAUGUUGACGUUGCAGAGGAUGUCCCAGUGGCUGAAGAAUGGACUAUGUGCACCCCAGCAACUGGUGUUAAGUUAACGUGUUUUACAGUAGAAAAUCUAAAAGAAAAACAGAACUACAAGUUCAGAGUAUGUGCAGUUAACAAGGUUGGUGUUGGUGAGCACGCAGAUGUUGCUGGCCACAUUCAACCAGAAGACAAGACAGAGGAGCCAGAUCUCGAUAUUGAUCCUGAGUUUAGAAAGCUUGUCAGUAUUAAAGCUGGGGGAUCUCUCCGAAUUUUUGUUCCCAUUAGGGGACGUCCCGUACCACAAAUUAAAUGGGAGAAGGAUGACAGCCCCAUUACCGAGACAGCACAAGUUGAGGUCACGAGUGGUCACACUUCUCUUGUGAUUGAUAAAAUAAAUAGAAAUGACAGUGGAAAGUACACGGUGAUUGCAGAAAACUCAUCUGGUGUAAAGUCUGCAACCAUUCUUGUAAAAGUUCUUGAUACUCCCAGUGCUCCAGUUAACCUUAAAGUUCAGGAAAUUACAAGAGAGUCUGUCACUCUUUCAUGGGAACCUCCUGCAUUGGAUGGAGGUGCUAAGAUAAAAAAUUAUAUUGUUGAAAAGCGUGAAACUACAAGGAAAACCUUCUCUGCUGUUGUAACAAAUUGCCAUAAAUUGUCAUGGAAAAUUGAACCACUUCAAGAGGGCUGUUGUUACUAUUUCAGAGUCCUUGCAGAGAAUGAACAUGGUGUUGGAAUACCUGCAGAUAUUACUGAUCCUCUGAAAGUAUCAGAAGUUCCACAGUGCCCUGGAAAAUUAAGCAUUGUAGACGUUACAAAAACAAGUGUCUCUCUUGCUUGGGAAAAACCACUGCAUGAUGGUGGCAGUAGAAUUCUUCAGUACCUUGUUGAAAUGCAAGUGAAGGGAAGUGAAAAAUGGUCUGGUUGUGCAAAUGUAAAAACAUUAGAGGCUGUUAUUAAUAACUUGAACCCAGGUGAGGAGUACACUUUCAGAGUAAUUGCUAUUAAUGAAAAAGGAAAGAGUGACCCAAGAACCCUUGCAGUCCCAGUACAAGCAAAGGAUCUGGUUAUUGAACCAGAUGUUAGGCCUGCAUUUAACAGUUACAAUGUUCUUGUUGGAAAAGACCUGCAAGUUGAAAUUCCAAUUUCUGGACGCCCUAAGCCAAAGGUGACAUGGAUAAAGGAUGGUGCAUCCCUUAAAUUCACAACUAGAGUGAACAUUUCAAAUACACCACAUAGUACAAUUCUUAGCAUCAAAGAAGCUGCCAGAGAGGAUGGUGGCAUGUAUGGAAUCAAUGUCUCAAAUGUUCUUGGGCAAAAAGAUGCAACAGUUGAAAUAGUCACUCUUGACAAACCAGGACCACCAUCUGGCCCUGUAAAAUUUCUUGAGGUCACAGUAUCAAGUGUUACACUGUCAUGGGAACCACCAAAGUACACUGGUGGUUGCCCAGUUUCAAACUACAUUGUACAAAAGAGAGACACAACUACCACUACAUGGGAGAAUGUUGCAGUUUCUGUGGCAAGAACAACACUAAAGGUCUCCAGACUAAUAACUGGGGCAGAGUAUCAGUUCAGGAUUAUUGCUCAAAACAGAUAUGGCAAAAGCUAUGCUUUAGAUUCCCCAGCUAUUGUUGCUCAGUACCCAUAUAGAGAACCAGGCCCACCUGGUACUCCAUUUGUGUCAUCACUGUCAAGAGAUCACAUGGUUGUUGAGUGGCAUGAACCUGUUUCAGAUGGAGGCAGCAGCAUUAUUGGAUAUCACCUUGAAAGAAAAGAAAGGAACAGUAUACUUUGGACAAAGAUAAACAAGACCUUGAUUCGAGAAACAAAAUUCAAAACCAGUCCUCUGGAAGAGGGAAUUGAAUAUGAGUUCAGGGUCUAUGCCGAAAAUAUUGUUGGCAUUGGUCGGUGCAGCAAAAUCUCAGAGGGUUAUGUGGCCCGUGAUCCAUGCGAUCCACCUGGCACUCCAGAAGCUAUUCAUAUUAGCAAGAAUUCAAUAACAAUCCAAUGGACAAAACCAGAAUAUGAUGGAGGAAGUGUGAUAACUGGUUAUACUGUUGAGAAGCGUGAUCUGCCAGAGGGUCGCUGGGUGAAAGCUAGUUUUACAAAUGUCAUUGAAACCCAAUUUACAAUUAGUGGGCUUACAGAGGGAGCUAAAUAUGACUUUAGAGUAAUUGCAAAAAAUGCCGUUGGCACCAUUAGCAAACCAUCUUUUAACAGUGGACCUAUUGCUGCACUGGAUGAAGUAGAGCCACCAAAGUUUUCAAUUGAUCCUGAAUAUACUCAGACCAUUAUUGUGAAUGCUGGGGAUACAUUCAAACUUGAUGCAGAUGUCCAUGGCAAACCAAUUCCUACAAUGCAGUGGUUCAAGGGUGAUAAGAAACUUGAAAACACAAUGAGAUGUGAGAUCAAAAACACUGACACCAGGGCUAUGAUUGUCUUAAAGGAUGCACUCAGACAUGAUGGUGGACACUAUACUCUUCAUCUCACCAAUGUUGCUGGCUCACAAACUGUUUCAUUCCAAGUAAAAGUACUGGACAAACCCAGUCCACCAGAAGGACCUCUUCGUGUCACAGGUAUAUCAAGCGAUAAAUGUACACUGUCAUGGCGUCCCCCACAACAUGAUGGAGGAAGCCCUAUCACUCAUUAUAUUAUUGAAAGACGUGAAACAAGCCGCCUUGCUUGGACCAUUGUCUCUAGUGUUUGUAAAGCCACAAUUUUCAAAGUAACAAACCUUCUUGAAGGCAAUGAAUAUAUCUUCCGUGUCAUGGCUGUCAACAUUUAUGGUGUUAGUGAGCCAAUUAAUACUCCAUCUGUAAUUAUGAAGAAUCCAUAUAUAGCCCCUGGAUCACCACAAAUUCUGGAGGUGACUAACAUUGCCAGGGAUUCUAUGACCGUGUGCUGGAGUGCACCAGAGAAUGAUGGUGGAAGUGAAAUUGUUGGCUAUAUCAUUGAAAAGAAAGAUCGUUCUGGAAUUAAGUGGACCCGAUGCAACAGACAAAAAGUCACUGAUGUAUGUUUCAGAGUGCAAGGCCUCAUAGAAGAUCAUGAGUAUGAGUUCAGAGUGUCAGCUGAAAACGCAGCUGGAAUUGGUGAACCCAGCUUACCUACAUCAUACUACAAAGCUUGUGAUCCUAAAUAUAAACCUGGCCCUCCCACACAUGCCCAUGUAAUUGACACCACAAAGAGCUCCAUUUCAGUAGCAUGGGGAAAGCCUCUUAAUGAUGGUGGAAGUGCUAUUCAAGGAUACAUUGUUGAGAUAUGCAAAGCUGAGGAGGAUGAAUGGACUAUGUGUACUCCACCAACUGGCCUGCGUGUUAAUAAAUUUGAAAUAACCAAACUAACAGAACAACAGGAGUAUAAGAUUCAGGUAUGUGCUAUCAAUAAAUUAGGUGUGGGUGAGCCUGCAGUUAUUCCUGAGCCUGUGAAACCAGAGGACAAACUUGAAGUUCCUGAAAUUCAUCUUGAUUCAGAGUUGAGGAAAGGUAUAGUUGUUCGUGCUGGGGGAUCAUUUAGAAUCAAUGUGCCUUUCAAGGGAAGACCAACACCAGAGAUUAAAUGGACUAAAGAUGAAGGAGAUUUGUCAGAGAAGGCCAUAACUGAGAAGGGUUUAAAUUUCACACAGCUUUCAAUUGACUCAUGUGACAGAAAAGAUUCUGGAAAAUAUACUGUGUCCCUUAAGAACAGCAGCGGCACUGCAUGUGAAUUUGUGUCAGUAAAAGUAUUAGAUACACCAGGAGCUCCACUUAACCUGCUGGUAAAAGAUAUUAAGAAAGACUCUGUUACACUUGUUUGGGAUCCACCACUUAUUGACGGAGGUGCAAAAAUCAAAAACUAUGUUGUUGAUAAGCGUGAAUCUACAAGAAAAGCAUACGCUAAUGUCACAACAAAGUGUAGCAAGACAAGCUUCAAGGUGGAAAAUCUUGCAGAGGGGGCCCUAUACUACUUUAGAGUUAUGGCUGAAAAUGAAUAUGGAAUUGGUCUACCAGUUGAAACCAAGACAGCAUCAAAGGCUUCUGAAGUACCUCUAUCAGUAGGAAAGAUCAUGUUGACUGAUGUUACCAAAGUAAGUGCAUCUCUGGCCUGGGAGAAACCAGAGCAUGAUGGUGGAAGCAGGAUCGUUGGCUACUUGAUUGAAAUGCAACCCAAGGGAACAGAAAAGUGGAGUGUAGCAACAUCUGUCAAAACAUGUGAAGGUACAGUCACUGGGCUAACAGCUGGUCAAGAAUAUAUGUUCCGAGUUCUUGCUUAUAAUGAGACAGGAAAGGGUGAGCCAAAGCUUCUUGCUGCUCCUGUCAUUGCCAAUGACUUAACCAUUGAGCCAAGCCUAAAAGUACAGUUUAGUACAUACAGUGUCAAAUCUGGUGAUGAUCUUAGAUUGGAAAUACCUGUAUUUGGUCGUCCCAAGCCGAAGGUUACUUGGAUGAAGGAUGGACAAGCUCUUAAAGUGACAUCAAGAAUCAGUACUUCUAACACACCAACAUCAGCCAUUCUACAGAUUACUGAAGCCAGUAAAGAUGACUUUGGAAGUUACACAAUUAGUGCAACAAACAGCACUGGUACUAUUACCGAAGAAAUUGGAAUCAUUAUCCUUGAUAAGCCUGGUCCACCAACUGGCCCUAUUAAAGUGAAGGAAGUGAGCAAUAGCUUUGUAACAAUCUCAUGGGAACCUCCAUCUUACACAGGAGGCUGCCAGGUGAAGCACUAUAUUGUUGAAAAGCGAGACACCACUACCACAACAUGGGAAGUUGUAGCUGGAUCAGUUGCCAGGACAUCUCUUAAAAUAACGAAGUUGAAAACUGGUGCUGAAUACCAGUUUAGAGUCAUUGCUGAAAACAGAUAUGGUAAGAGUUCCUCUUUGGAGUCAAAGGCAAUUGUGGUUCAGUAUCCAUACAAACCUCCUGGGCCACCUGGAACUCCAUAUGUGAAAUCUGCCACCAAGGAUCAAAUGAUAAUUGAGUGGAAUGAGCCUGUCAAUGAUGGUGGAAGCUCAGUAAUUGGCUACCACCUGGAAAGCAAAGAACGGACUAGUAUCCUGUGGACAAAGUUGAACAAAACUCUCAUUACUGACACCAUGUUUAAGAUAUGUAAUCUUGAGGAAGGAAUUGGUUAUGAAUUCAGAGUAUAUGCCGAGAACAUUGUUGGUAUUGGCAGAGCAAGCAAGGUUUCAGACAGCUUUGUUGCUCGUGAUCCAUGUGAUCCACCUGGUACUCCAGAAGCUAUUUCUAUUUCAAAGAACCAUGUGGUAAUACAAUGGACAAAACCUCAAUAUGAUGGUGGCAGCAAAGUGACAGGAUACAUUGUUGAAAAGAGAGACUUGCCACAAGGCCACUGGAUGAGGGUCAACUUUACCAAUGUGACUGAAACGGAAUUCACAAUCACUGGCUUAACAGCAGACCAACAGUACGAAUUUAGAGUAAUAGCAAGAAAUGCUGCUGGUAUUUUCAGUGAGCCAUCUGAAAGCACUGGUCCAAUUACCACGACAGAUGAAAUUGAACCUCCAAGUGUUUCAAUGGAUCCUAAGUACCAGGAUGUCAUUGUUGUCAGUGCUGGAGAGAAUUUAGUUCUUGAUGCAGAUAUUCAUGGAAAGCCCAUUCCAGAUGUUCAGUGGCUGAAAGAAGGAAAGCAAAUGGAUAAGACACUACGCAUUGAAAUAAAAACAACACAGAAAUGUGCCGCUAUUACUGUCAAAGACUGCACACGAUUAGACAGUGGUCAUUAUGACCUUGUAUUAAGAAACAGUGGUGGCACAAAAACAAUUCCCAUUACCGUGAGGGUUCUUGAUAGGCCAGGCCCUCCAACUGGACCACUAAAUGUAACUGGUGUAAUGUCUGAUCGAUGUGAUCUGAUUUGGACUGAGCCUUCUCAGGAUGGGGGUGCUAAUAUUUCUCACUACAUUCUUGAGAAGAGAGAAACUAGCAGGUUAUCAUGGACUCUGGUUGAUUCAAAUAUUCACACUACCAGUUACAAGGUGACAAAGCUCCUGACAGGUGAUGAAUAUAUUUUCAGAGUUAUGGCUGUCAAUAAAUAUGGAACUGGUGACCCACUUGAGUCUGAGGCAAUAAUUGCCCGCAACCCAUACAAGCCACCAAGUGCACCGUCAACACCAGAAGCAAGUGAAAUUACAAAAGAUUCAAUGGUUCUAUCAUGGAAUGCUCCAGAGAGUGAUGGUGGAACUGAAAUUAUCGGUUAUCACCUGGAGAAACGUGACAAAGAUGGUGUAAGAUGGACCAAGUGCAACAGACAGAAGCUUUCUGACUUGCACUUCAAAGUAACUGGUCUUUCAGAGGGGCAUUUCUAUGAAUUCCGUGUGGCUGCAGAGAAUGCUGCUGGUGUGGGAGUACCAAGUGACUUGUCUCUGUUCUAUAGAGCAAUAAAUGCAACAACUCCUCCUGGUCCACCACAUCAUCCUAAAGUAACAGAUCAUACAACCUCAUCUGUGUCCCUGGCUUGGGGUAAGCCAGCUACAGAUGGUGGGGCAUAUAUCAAAGGUUAUAUUGUUGAGAAGAAAGAGGCCUCUGCAGAAGAAUGGACCACAUGUACACCUCCAACAGGUUUACAGGCAACAUGCCUAACAGUGGAAAACCUCAAAGAAAAUGCUGAGUAUAACUUCCGGGUGUGUGCCUUUAAUUCAGAAGGAGUUGGUGAACCUGCUGAUGUUUCUGGCUCUGUGACUGCUAUUGAAAGAAUUGAGACACCGGAAAUUGAACUUGAUGCGAAUCUUAGAAAAGUUGUCUCUGUUCGUGCAGGUGGAUCACUUCGUCUAUUUAUUAAAAUUAGAGGUAGACCUGAACCAUCUGUCAAAUGGGAGAGAGAAGAGGGGGCUUUAACUGAGAGAGCACUGAUUGAAACUACUAGUUCAUACACCAUGCUUGUAGUUGAUAAUGUCAAUAGAUUUGAUAGUGGGAAAUAUGUUCUAACACUUGAGAAUAAGAGUGGCACAAAGUCAGCAUUUGUGAAUGUUAGGGUGCUUGACUCGCCAAGUGCGCCACAGAAUUUUGAUGUCAAAGAAGUUAAGAAAGACUCAGUGACUCUCUACUGGGAGCCUCCUCUUACUGAUGGUGGAGCGAAAAUAACCAAUUACAUUGUGGAAAAGCGAGAAUCUACAAGGAAAGCUUACACAACUGUCACAAGCAACUGCACGCAAAAUUUCUUCAAGAUAGAAGAACUUCAAGAAGGAGGAAUAUACUAUUUCCGAGUGUGUGCUGUUAAUGAGUAUGGCUUUGGACUGAUGGCAGAAACAAAAAAUCCAGUCAAAGUUGCCCAGGUCCCUAUGUCCCCAGGAAAGGUGACUCUUGUGGAUGUUACCAAGAACAGUGUGACUCUCACAUGGAUGAAACCUGCACACGAUGGUGGUAGUAAAGUUAUGUGUUACAAUGUAGAGAUGCAGUCAAAAGGCACAGACAAAUGGGUUGCGUGCUGUACAGUGAAAGUUCCAGAGGCUACUGUGUCCAACCUUACACCUGGUGAAACAUACUCUUUCAGGGUAAUUGCACUGAAUGAGAAAGGCAAGAGUGAACCCCAAGAACUUGGCGUGCCUGUUCGUGCUAAAGACAUAGACAUAGAGCCUUCAAUUUAUCUGCUCUUCAAUACUUACAGUGUUAAGGCUGGAGAUGACCUUAUUAUUGAAGUUCCCAUAAGAGGCAGACCUAAGCCAGUGGUUUCAUGGAAAAAGGAUGACCUACCUCUUAAGCAAACAACGUCUCUCACAAUAAUAAAUACCAUGGUAUCAAGCAAGAUUGUAAUCAAAGAAGCUUCUAUUGAGCAUGUUGGGAAGUAUGAAAUCACCCUAGCUAAUACAGCUGGCACCAUUUCCACAGAUAUCAAUGUUGUGGUUCUUGACAAGCCAGGCCCACCUGCUGCAGUAAAGGUCAAUGCUGUGACUGCUGACUCCAUUACCCUAUCAUGGUCUCCCCCUGAAUAUGAUGGAGGAUGCUCCAUUAAUAACUAUAUUGUUGAGAAGAGGGAUACCAACACAACAGUCUGGCAGAUUGUUUCAUCAAACAUUGCCAGAAAUUCAGUCAAGGUAUCUCGACUGACUCAUGGUUCUGAAUACCAAUUCCGUAUAUAUGCAGUGAACCGCUAUGGAAAGAGUAAGCCUAUUGACUCUCCUGGAAUUACAGCAGAAUAUACAUUCAAGCAACCUGGGCCACCUGCUACUCCCCGUGUGGCUCAUGCUACCAAGUCCUUCAUGCUUGUGACAUGGAAUGAACCAGUUAAUGAUGGAGGUAGCACAGUUCUUGGGUAUCAUUUGGAACGCAAGGAGAGAAGCAGUAUUCUAUGGACAAAGGUGAAUAGGAUUCUCAUCAAAGAUACUGAAUUUAAAGUAACUGGCCUUGAAGAGGGUAUGUUCUAUGAGUACCGGGUAUAUGCUGAAAACAUUGCCGGCAUUGGAAAGGUCAGCAAAGUCAGUGAGGCUAUAGCUGCUAGAGAUCCAUGUGAUCCUCCUGGUCAACCAGUGGUUACAAGCAUUACAAGAUCUUCUGUCUCUCUCUCUUGGACAAAGCCUGAAUAUGAUGGAGGAGCCAAAGUUAUAGGUUACAUCAUUGAACGUAGAGAUCUUCCAGAUGGCCGCUGGAUGAGAUGCAACUUUACCAAUGUUCCUGAAACAUACUUUGAUGUUACCGGUCUUACUCAAGAUCAGCAAUAUGAUUUCCGUGUCACUGCAAAGAAUGCUGCUGGACUGUUUAGUGAGCCAUCAGAUAACACAGGCCCCAUCACAGUCAAAGAUGAUGUAGAUCCACCUCGAAUUAUGAUGGACGUCAAGUUUAGAGAUGUUGUUGUUGUGAAAGCAGGAGAGAUUCUAAAGAUCAGUGCUGACAUUGCUGGACGCCCGCUACCAGUGGCAUCAUGGUCAAAGGAUGGAAAAGAGAUUCAGCUCAGUACAAGAAUUCAGGUAUCUGCAACAGAUACUAGCACUAUGGUAGUAGUGAAAGACUGCAUAAGGAGUGACUCUGGAAAGUAUGCCUUAACAUUACAGAAUGUCGCUGGUACAGUAACAAUGCCAGUGAAAUGCGUGAUCCUUGAUAAACCUGGACCUGUAGCAGGACCUCUGUCAGUAACUGAGCUCACUGCAGAGGACUGCACACUGUCAUGGGGACCACCACAAGAAAUUGGUGGUGCAGAAGUCACACAUUAUGUUGUUGAGAAAAGAGAGACCAGCAGUUUGGCAUGGACAAUUGUACAAGGAGAGGUGAAAACUAGAACAUGCAAGGUCACAAAGCUCCUCAAAGGCAAUGAAUACAUAUUCAGAGUUUUGGCUGUAAAUAAAUUUGGACUUGGUGAACCUCUUGAAAGUGAACUUGUCAAAGUCACUGAUCCAUUCACCUUUGCAGCAUCACCAACAAAUGUUGAAAUAACAAAUGUGUCCAGUGAGGAGAUGACUGUAACUUGGGCUAAGCCUGCUUCUGAUGGCGGCAGUGAAAUAUGUGGCUAUGUGAUUGAGCGACGUGAGAAAUCAAGUCUUCGAUGGGUCAGAGUCAACAGGGAGCUUAUAAAAGACGAAAGAGCUGUAGUAUCCAAACUAAGAAAAGGAAGUGAAUAUGAAUUUAGAGUAUUUGCAGAGAAUGCUGCAGGUUUAAGUCCUCCUAGCGAGCCAUCCGCUCCAGCCAUGGCAAAGGAUGCUUUACUUAUGCCAACACCGCCAUCUAAACCAAAGGUUCUUGAUUAUACAAAGAGUUCGAUUACAGUUACCUGGAACAAGCCAUUGUCAGAUGGUGGAACACCAAUCCUUGGAUACAGAGUGGAAUACAAGAAAAUAGAGGAUGAAGAAUGGGCUGUUGCCACUCAGAUGACAAAGAGCACUGAGUACAUUGUUUCUGGUCUUACAGCUGAUCUGGAAUAUGUCUUUGCAGUUACAUCAAUAAAUAAAAUAGGCAUGAGUGAGCAAUCUCCAGUUUCUGAACCACAGGCAGCAACAGACAGAAAGGAGGAACCAGUAUUUGAUGUUGAUAUUGAGAUGAGGAAAACGCUGAUUGUCAAGCAUGGCAAUUCAUUCACAAUGACAGCACCAUUUAAAGGAGUACCAGUGCCUUCAGUCACAUGGAAUAAAGAAGAUGUUGACCUCAAAUCAAGAGCUACAGUUGAAACAACUGGAAAAUACACAUCCCUAACUAUUGAAAAGGCAACAAGAAAUGACUCAGGAAAAUAUACUGUUACAUUGGAUAAUGGUGUUGGAAGUGCAACUUUGACAAUGGUUGUCAAAGUUCUUGACUCCCCAGGACCACCAGUUAAUGUGAAGAUUAAAGAUGUGACAAAAGAUUCUGCCACAGUUACUUGGGAAGUCCCAGAGAAUGAUGGAGGUGAUGCUGUGAAAGCCUACCAUGUCGAAAAACGUGAAGCUAGCAAAAAGGCCUGGGUGUGCGUAACAAAUAACUGCCACAAUCUGGUCUACAAGGUGGAGGGCUUGCAAGAGGGUGCAAUCUACUACUUCAGAGUCAUUGGAGAGAAUGAAUUUGGUAUGGGUGUACCUGCUGAAACAAAAGAUGCAACUAAAAUAACAGAAAUACCAAGCCCACCUGCCAGACUUGGAGUAUCUGAAGUAACAAAAGACAGUGUUACAAUAGUAUGGUCAAAACCAGAGUACGAUGGUGGAAGCAGAAUUACAAGCUACCUCAUUGAAGCUCUAGAGAAGGGACAACAAAAGUGGGUGAAGUGUGCCACUGUAAAAACCAAUACCCACACAAUCAAAGGUUUGCGAGAAAAUGCAGAAUAUUUCUUCAGAGUUCGUGCUGAAAAUCAUGCAGGACUCAGUGAUCCAAAGGAAAUGAUAAUUCCUGUGAUUGUAAAAGAUCAACUCCAUGCCCCUGAAUUUGAUAUGAAGAACUUCCCACACAACACUGUUUACGUGAGGGCAGGAUCAAAUCUGAAGUUUGAGCUUCCUCUCACUGGCAAGCCCAUGCCAAAGGUGGCAAUGACAAGAAACAAGGUUCCAGUGAGGUGUGGAAAAAGAUUUAGUUUUGAAGUAACACCUGAGAGUCUUAAUAUCAGCCUCAAAGAAAGUAUUGCAAAUGAUGCUGGGAGAUAUGACAUUGUUGCCUCCAAUACCAGUGGAACAACCAAGAUGUUCAUUAAUAUACUGGUGUUAGAUAGACCAGGUCCUCCAGUUGGUCCAGUUGAAAUCAGUGAUGUUGGAGAAACAUCACUGUGCCUAAAAUGGUUACCACCUCUGUAUGAUGGCGGUAGCCCAGUGACCAACUAUGUUGUGCUCAGACGUGAAACAAGCACACCAGCUUGGGUAGAGGUGUCAUCCACAGUUGCCAGGAAUGCAAUUAAAGUCACCAAGUUAACAAAGGGUGAAGAAUACCAAUUCCGAAUUAAAGCAGAGAAUCGCCUUGGAAUCAGUGAUCACAUUGACUCUCACACUGUCACUGUGAAACUUCCAUACACAAUUCCUGGACCACCAUCAACACCAUGGGUGAGCUUUGUUUCAAGAGAAAGCCUUACAGUUUGCUGGCAUGAACCUGUAGUAGAUGGAGGAAACACAGUAUUUGGAUACCAUGUCCAAAUGAAAGAAAGAAGCAGCAUUCUGUGGCAGAAAGUGAACAAAACAGCAAUCCCUGCUAAUCAAAUCAGGGUGACAAAAAUAUGCCCUGGUAUGAUUUAUGAAUUCAAGGUUGCUGCAGAAAAUGCUGCUGGUAUUGGUAAAUUCAGCAAGACAUCAGAGGAAGUACUUGCCAUUGAUGCUUGUGAACCUCCAGCAAAUGUGAGAAUCUCUGAGAUUACAAAGACCUCAGUUAGCCUUGUCUGGCAGAAGCCUCCCUUUGAUGGUGGAUGUAAGAUCACUGGCUACAUGGUUGAGAGAAGAGACGCUCCAAAUGGCAGAUGGACAAAGGCUAACUUUACUAAUGUUAUUGAGACAAGUUUCACUGUGUCAGGCUUGACACAAGAUCAGUCAUAUGAAUUUAGAGUCUUUGCCAAAAAUGCAGCUGGGUCUGUGAGCAAUCCAUCUCUUAUUGCUGGACCAGCAACUUGUGUGGACAUUUCUGGUGCCCCAGUAAUUGACCUGCCUCCUGAGUACCUAGAUGUUGUGCAAUAUAAAGCUGGAGCUUCUGUUAAGAUAAAACUGGGAAUUAUGGCUAAGCCACUGCCAACAAUUGAAUGGUUCAAGGAUGGAAAGGAAUUAGUGUCAAGUUCACAGCUAUCAGUUGAGAACACCACUGAUUCAUCUGCCAUUCUUAUCAAGGAUGCCACCCGUCUUAACACUGGGACAUAUGAAAUAAAGACCAAGAAUGUGUUUGGCACAGCUUCUGCCUCCAUCAGGAUAUUGAUUCUAGACAAACCAGGCCCUCCAGCUGGAAAUAUUGAAUUCAAAUCGGUAACCGCUGACACCAUAAUAAUUGCUUGGGAGCCAGUAGCAGAUGAUGGAGGUUCCAAAGUCACCCAUUAUAUUGUGGAAAAACGAGAGACAAGUAGAGUUGUGUGGUCUACUGUUUCUGACUGUAUGGAGGAACACAUAGUCUCUGUCCAGAAGUUGGUCAGAGGAGGUGAAUAUGUCUUCCGUGUCAGAGGAGUCAACAAAUUUGGAGCUGGAGAUCCUCUGGAGUCUGAACCAAUUACUGCCAAGAAUGCAUUUGUUACUCCUGGACAACCUACCACACCAGAGGCAACAGAAAUCACUAGAACAGCCAUGAAAAUUGUAUGGGAUAAACCAGGAGUGGAUGGUGGUAGCAUGGUUACAGGCUACCAUUUACAGAGACGUGACAAGAAGAAUCUGCGCUGGAUUAACAUCUACAAAGACCCCAUUUGUGACACCACAGCAAAGAUCCAUCACCUGACUGAAGGAAAUGAAUAUCAGUAUCGUGUGUGUGCAAUCAACAAAGCCGGAGAAGGUCCAUUCUCAGAUGGUUCUGACUUUUACAAAGCAGCCGACCCUGUUGAUACACCUUCUGAGCCUACUAAGCUCAAAGUUGUUGAUUCAACAAAAACUUCAAUUACUCUUGGAUGGUCCAGGCCACAGUAUGAUGGAGGCAGUGAAAUUACUAGCUACACUGUGGAAAAAAGAGUCAGUGAGGAAGGAGAAUGGGCAGUGAUAAGUAAAAAAGGCGAAGUCAGAACUACUGAGUACGUUGCUUCAGGUCUUAUGCCAGAUGUUGACUACUACUUCCGUGUAUCUGCUAUGAAUUGUGCUGGUCGUGGAGACCCAAUAGAGAUGGAGGAACCAGUCCAGGCUAAAGAUAUUCUUGAGGAAGCUGAAGUUGACAAAGAUGUUGCAAUGAGAACUCAUUACAUUGUCAAAGCUGGCAAAGAUGUUGAGAUCAUGGUCCCUCUGAAAGGCAGACCUGCUCCAAGUGUUUCUUGGAAGAAACAUGACCAAAACAUUGAUAAUGACCCUAAAUACGAUAUACACAACACGGAUACGUCAUCAUGCCUUGUACUUUCACAUGUAACCCGUAAUGAUAGUGGCAAAUACACUAUUGAGAUAUCAAAUGGAGUAGGACAACCAAAAUCAUUGACACUAUCUGUAAAAGUACAGGAUAGUCCUUCUGCCUGUAGAAAUCUGGUCCUGAAAGACGUCUCUCGCGGCAAAGUGAUCUUAUGCUGGGAACCUCCUCUUCUUGAUGGAGGUGCUGAAAUUACUAACUAUAUAGUUGAGAAAAGAGACUCUUCAAAGCGCACGUAUGCUGCUGUAACCAACAAAUGCACGGAAACGACAUAUGAAAUUGAUGAGCUCUCUGAGAAGAUAUCAUACUUUUUCCGUGUAUCAGCAGAAAAUGAGAAUGGAGUUGGUGAGCCAUGUGAGACAGCAGAGCCAGUUAAAGCCACUGAGAAACCUGGUCCUGUCAAAGAUCUUGCUAUGAAAGACUCCUCAAAAACAUCAGUGACACUACAGUGGAACAAACCAGAUUAUGAUGGUGGAAGCAUUAUUACCGAUUACAUAAUUGAAAAGAAACUUCAAGGUCAAGAAGAAUGGGCUCCCGCUGGAACAAACAAGCAUUGUGAGCAUGAGGUCACAAAACUUAAGGAACUCACAGACAUGUUCUUCAGAGUCUGCUCAAAGAAUGAGAAGGGCAACAGUGACUUUACAGAGAUCGGUCCAGUUAAAGUAAAGGACUAUAUCAUUCCACCAGAGGCAAACCUAGAGGAGUAUCCUGAUGGACAGGUCUGUGUUCGCAUUGGUCACAACGUACAUAUUGAGCUUCCAUACAGAGGGAAACCAAGGCCAUCAGUUACUUGGCUAAAGGACAAUUUGCCACUGAAAGAGAGUGAAAAGGUUCGCUUCAAGAAGACAGAAAACAAGGCAACUCUUAUGAUAAAGAAUGUUGAAAAAGAGAAUGGUGGUAAAUAUACGCUUACACUUGACAACACCGUCUGCAGGAAAUCAUUCCAUAUACAGGUCAUUACCCUUGGAACACCAUCCAGACCCAUUGGACCAAUUCGUUUGGAUGAAGUCAGAGCAGAAAGUAUAAGGAUAUCUUGGGAUGAACCAAAUGAUGAUGGCGGUGGAGAAAUCACCUGCUAUAGUGUUGAAAAACGUGACACCUCUCAGCCAGAUUGGAAGAUGGCUUGUUCAAGUGUUAUAGGAACUACAUUCAAUGUACCAAAUUUAAUCAAAGGAAUUCAGUACCAAUUCAGAGUGUGUGCAGAGAACAGGUACGGUGUGAGUGAGCCUCUGAUUUCACAAAAUGUCAUCGCCAAGCACGAGUUUAGACCCCCAGGUGCACCAGGCAUGCCAUUUGUCUACAAUGUCACUAAUGAUGGCAUGACUAUUCAGUGGGAAGCACCUAUCUUUGAUGGUGGCUGCCCAGUACUUGGUUACCAUGUUGAAAAGAAAGAGACAAACAGUAUCAUGUGGCAAAAGGUCAACUUAGUCUUGGUGACUGCAAGGGAAUAUAGGAUUAUUGGCCUUAUUGAAGGCCUGCAAUACCAGUUCAGGGUCUAUGCUCAAAAUGAUGCUGGAUACAGUCGUAUGAGUGAUGAGAGCAAACCAACUAUGGCAGUUUCUCCUGUUGAUCCUCCUGGAACUCCUGACUAUGUCGAUGUAACAAGUGAAUCUGUGAAACUGAAAUGGGAUGCACCUAAAAGAGAUGGUGGAAGCAAAAUUGUCGCCUACAACAUUGAGAAACGUCAGGGCCAGGGUCGCUGGUUGAAGACGAACUUCACAGAUGUAACUGAGACAGAGUUUAUAGUGACUGGUCUAACUUGUGGUGAACGAUAUGAAUUCAGAGUUAUAGCAAGGAAUGCCAUUGGCACCAUCAGCCCACCUUCUCAGUCUUCUGGCUAUGUUCUCAUCAGAGACGAAAGCUCUUCUCCAAAUAUUGAAUUUGGACAGGAGUACUUUGAAGGGGUUUCUAUCAAAGCAGGGGAAAACAUCAAGCUUAAAGUCACAAUUACAGGAAGACCAACACCCAAGCUCACAUGGUUCAGGGAUGAUGUUGAACUAACUAAGAAGAUGGUAGACAUCACAACAACUGCUGGAUCAAGCACCCUCUUUAUUAGAGAUGCUGACCGUUCUCACCGUGGGGUCUAUACUGUAGAAGCCAAGAACCACUGUGGAACCAAGAAAGAGCAAAUUAAAGUUGAAGUCUUUGAUACACCUGGAGAGCCUGUUGGACCAAUUGUCUUCACAAACAUCUCAGAGGGCAAAGUCACACUUUCAUGGAAUCCACCAGAAAAUGACGGCUGCUCUGAGGUCACCCACUAUGUUAUUGAGAAGCGCGAGACCUCCAAAAUUUCCUGGACACUAGUUACAGAUCACUGUGAGGAGUGUACCUACAAUGCUACCAAACUGAUUAAGACCAAUGAGUACCAGUUCCGUGUGUCUGCUGUAAACAGGUUUGGGGUCAGUAGACCACUGGAUUCUGUUCCUGUCAUUGCUCAAAUGCAAUAUACCAUUCCAGACUCUCCUGGUACUCCUGAUGCCACCGAGGUUGAUGGAGAGAGUAUUACAAUCAGCUGGACUGCACCAACAAAUGAUGGAGGAAAUGCAAUUAAAUAUUACAUCGUUGAAAGACGUGAAAAGAAGACUGGACGCUGGGUGAAGGUCUUGACUAGGAAACCAAUUACUGAGGCUGCCCACAGAGUAACUCAUCUCACUGAGAAUGUGGAAUAUGAAUUCCGCGUUUAUGCUGUUAAUGAUGCUGGAGUUGGAGCACCAAGUAAUAUUUCAAUGCCUAUUAAAUGUGCAGAGCCAACUAAAGAACCAGAUGGUCCUUCAAUUGUAAAUGUUACUGAUACCACCAACACAUCUGUCAGUCUGGAAUGGACCAGACCUGGUUACGAUGGUGGCAUGGCAGUCCAGGGAUACAUCAUUGAGGCGUGCAAAGGAGCUGAAAAAGAAUGGCAUAGAGUCAAUGAAGGUCUUUGCACUGUCACAAAGUACACUGCCACUGGUUUGGAAACAUGUGCAGAAUAUAAGUUCCGCAUUAUUGCAGUUAAUGCAGUUGGAAAGGGUCAACCUAAAGAGAUCCCUGAGCCAGUACAAGCAGUAGAUAGACUGUCGGCACCAGAGAUUGAUAUUGAUGCAAGCUUCCAACAGACACACAUUGUGAAAAGAGGUGGCAGUGUAUGUCUCCGUGUAGCUUUCAAAGGUAAACCAGCACCUACAGCUUCAUGGAUAAAGGUGGAUGGAGAACUUGGGGUAAUGGCUGAUGUAACUACAACAGAGACCUUCACUUGUUUGACACUGGGAAAUUGUACACGAAAUGACAGUGGAAAAUACACUCUCACUCUUGAGAACAGCAGUGGUAGCAAAUCCAUCACUAUUACAGUUAAAGUUUUGGACACACCUGGAGCACCAGGUCCUCUCAUGUUCAAGGAUGUUUCAAGAGGCGCCCUUACCCUUAUGUGGGAGCCUCCAGUCAAUGAUGGUGGUGCGCGUGUUCAUCACUAUGUUGUGGAGAAGCGUGAGGCUAGCCGGCGUACAUGGACAGAAGCAGCACCUAAGUGCACUCAAACAAAUUUGAGAAUUUCUGAGCUCCUGGAAGGAGUACCCUACUUCUUUAAGGUAAUGGCAGAAAAUCAGUAUGGCCUUGGUGAGGCUUAUGAAAUGCCUGAUCCAAUUAUUGCCACUGCUGAACCAGCUCCACCCAAGAGACUGGACAUUAUUGAUUCCACUGAUACAACAGUUACUCUUGCCUGGAUGAAGCCUGAACAUGAUGGCGGGAGCCGUAUCACAGCUUACUGUGUGGAGGCUAAAGCAAAGGGAACAGAUAAAUGGGUUGUUGGAGGUUCUACCAAAAACUUAAGUCUUGUUGUUGAGGGCUUAACUGAAGGUACAGAGUAUGAAUUCCGUGUCAAAGCUAAGAAUGAUGCAGGUUACAGCAUGCCUAGAGAGGCUCUCUCUUCUGUUGUAGUAAAAGAGCCCCGUAUUGAGCCAACUGCAGAUCUCAGUGGCAUUACCAACCAGCUUAUCACCUGCAAGUCUGGCAGUUCAUUUGAAAUUGAUGUUCCAAUCAGUGGCAGACCAGAACCAAAAAUCAUUUGGAAGCUUGAGGAAAUGAGACUAAAGGAAACUGACAGGGUCUCAAUCAAGACCACCAAAAAUAGGACCACUCUGACAGUUAAAGAAAGUAUGCGAGGUGAUGGAGGAAGGUACUUCCUUACCCUUGAGAAUGUGGCUGGGACUAAGACUUUCACUGUCACUGUCAAUGUCAUUGGAAGACCCAGUCCUCCAGAGGGGCCUAUUGAGAUUUCUUCAAUUACAGCUGAGUCUUGUGAAUUGUCAUGGAAUGAGCCUGAAGAUGAUGGUGGGACUGAAAUAACAAACUACAUUGUUGAGAAGCGUGAAUCUGGCUCAACUGCCUGGCAGCUUAUCAACUCUAGUGUGAAACGAAGAUCAUUCCAUGUUUCGCAUCUAACAAAGUACAUGCAGUACACAUUCCGUGUCUCUGCAGAAAACCGAUUUGGUGUAAGCAAACCAACUGAGUCUGAAACUAUUGUUGCAGAGCAUCCAUUUGUUCCACCAGGGCCUCCAACUAGACCAGAGGUGUUUACUGUUACUGCUAACAGCAUGAGCAUUCGUUGGGAGGAACCAUACCAUGAUGGUGGUAGUAAGGUCACUGGGUAUUGGAUUGAGAAAAAGGAACGCAACACUAUUCUCUGGGUCAGAGAAAACACCAUCCCCUGUUUUGAAUGUUACUACAAGGUGGAUGGCCUUAUUGAAGGUCUUGAGUACCAGUUCAGAGUGUAUGCUAUGAAUAGUGCUGGCCUCAGCAAAGCAAGUGAAGCCUCAAAGAGAGCUGUGGCUCAAAAUCCAGUUGAUCCCCCAGGCAAGCCAGAAGUAACUGAUGUGUCAAGAUCAACAGUGUCCAUUAAAUGGUCUGUGCCUUUGAAUGAUGGUGGAAGCCCAAUUGUAGGUUACAUUGUUGAGCGUAAGCCAUAUACUGUCUCUGGAGAGGGUAGAUGGCUGAAGUGUAAUUACACUAAUGUUACUGAUACAAACUUCACCAUUACUGCACUGGAAGAAGGGGAGGUAUACGAGUUCCGUGUGAUUGCAAAGAAUGCUAGUGGAGUGCUCAGCAUGGCAUCAGUUUCAACAGGAGCAGUGACUUGCAAAGCUGAAUACACACCUCCAAAAGCAGAACUGGAUAGCAAACUUCUUGUGGACACAGUUACUGUCAGAGCAGGGUCAGACCUGGUUCUUGAUGCUGUUGUUGGUGGCAGACCUGAUCCAAAAGUCUACUGGGCCAAGGGAAAGAAAGAGCUAGAACUUUGUGAGAAAUAUUCUUUACAGUACUCUAGCACCCGUGCUCUGGCAAUUAUUAAGUUCUGUGACAGAGAUGAUACUGGAAGGUAUGUUCUGACAGUGAAGAAUGCCAGUGGAACCAAAACAGCUGAAGUCAAUGUGAAGGUGCUUGAUACACCGGGCCCAUGCCAGGAGAUAAAAGUAAGCAAUGUAACUGAGGAGAAAUGUACUGUGUCCUGGAAAGAGCCACUAGAGGAUGGUGGUGACCCCAUCACACACUAUAUUGUGGAGAGAAGGGACACUAACAGACUCAACUGGGUCAUCGUGGACGCUGAAUGCAAGGCCCUCGUAUGUUGCAUAACUAGACUUUUCAAGAAUAAUGAAUAUAUUUUCCGUGUCAGAGGUGUAAAUAAGUAUGGAGCUGGUGUGGCACUGCAGUCUUCACCCAUCUUUGCAAGAAACUCAUUCACUGUUCCAUCACCUCCGGGAGCACCAGAAAUUCUUGCUGUUGGAAAAGACUUUGCAACAAUUGAGUGGCUAAAACCUGAAAAUGAUGGUGGUAGUGAAGUCAUAAACUACCUGAUUGAGAAGAAAGAGAGAAAGAGCAUCAGAUGGAUCAAGGUUAAUAAAGACUCUAUACUCAAGGACACAACCUUCAAGGUUACUGGUCUACAAGAGGGCAACAUUUAUCAGUUCCGUGUUACAGCCAUUAACGCUGCUGGAGAUAGUGAGCCUAGUGAAGCGUCCAUGUAUGCAGUGUGCCGAGAACCAACAGGCAAACCAGAUGCUCCUUCAAUUCCACGUGUAACAGAUACCCACAAGGACAGCAUUAGUCUGGCCUGGACAAGACCAGUAGAAGAUGGAGGUGCCGAUGUUAUUGGUUACAUUCUUGAAAUGCAAGAAUUAGGCACAGAGGAAUGGAUCAAGACCCAUGAGAAGAAUCUUAGAGUCACAGAACAUACUGUGAUAGGUUUGACAACUGGCAAAAAGUACUGCUUCAGAGUUGCUGCGGUCAAUGUCAAUGGAGCAGGUGACUUUAGUGACCCAUGUACUGAAGUAGAGCCCAUUGAAAGAAUUGAAAUACCUGAUCUUGAGCUUCCUGACGAUCUAAAGAAGACGAUAUGCCUGAGAGCCGGAAGUUCACUGCGUCUUCACGUAACUGUUACUGGAAGACCAGUUCCAACUAUCACCUGGAGCAAGCCUGGCGUGGAUCUCCAAAACCGUGGAUUCAUUGAAGUGACAGAUACUGCCACAACUCUUAUCAUCGACAAGGUGCACCGCUAUGAUGCUGGAAAAUACACCCUUGAAGCCUCUAAUUCAGCUGGCAAGAAGGAUGCUAGCAUUCUUGUCAAGGUCUAUGAUACUCCUGGUCCACCAGGCCCCAUUAAAAUAAAGGAGCUCACAACAGAGUCUGCUCACAUUACAUGGGAUGCCCCUGAAGUUGAUGGUGGAGCACCUGUUAACAAUUAUAUCAUUGAGAGAAGAGAGACAUCAAUGAGAGCCUACAAAACAGUUACUUCUAAAUGUAGCAAGACUUCAUAUAAAAUUACAGGACUGUCAGAGGGAAUGCUCUACUACUUCAGAGUAUUGCCAGAAAACAUCUAUGGCAUAGGUGAACCUGGUGAGACACCAGAUGCUGUGUUAGUAAGUGAAGUGCCACUACCUCCAGCUAAACUUGACAUUGUAGAUAUCACAAAGUCAUCUGUUACUCUUGGAUGGGAGAAACCUAAACAUGAUGGAGGCAGCAGAAUCAUUGGCUACAUUGUUGAAGCUUGCAAGGCUGGUACAGACAAAUGGAUGAAGGUUGCUACUUUAAAAUUAACAGACUUUGAAUACACUAUUGAAAAACUGAAUGAAAAUGAGCAGUACCUAUUCAGGGUACGUGCUCUCAACAGCAGAGGUAUUGGUGAACCCAAAGAAAUUGUUACUCCUGUAACAGUACAAGAACAAAGAGUUAUGCCAAAGGUUGUUCUAUCAAGUAUUCCACAAAAGAUGAUCAGUGUUUUGGCAGGCAAACCGCUUGAACUUGAUUUGCCAAUCAUUGGAAGGCCACCUCCAGUUUCCUCCUGGUACUUUAAUGACAAUAAGUUAAAGAUACAGGAACGUGUGAAGAUUCAGUCUACUGCGAAAUUCACCAGGUUAACUGUACUUGACACCACAAUUGAUGAUACUGGAGAAUACACCCUUGAAGUAAAGAAUAUUAUAGGAAUUACUACAGAGAAGAUUAAAGUCAUCAUUCUUGACAAACCUGAUCCGCCUAAAGGACCUAUUCGUUUUGAUGAGAUAGACGCAACCUCAGUUAUUAUAAGCUGGGACCCACCAGAGAGAGAUGGAGGUGCUCCCGUAACUAAUUAUGUUGUUGAACAACGUGAUGCUCAUCGUCCAGGAUGGGUACCUGUUUCUGAAUCAGUAAGCAGGCCAACAUUUAAAUUUGACAGGUUGACAGAGGGAGACGAAUAUGUCUUCCGUGUUUCAGCAGUCAAUCGCUACGGUGCUGGAGACUUCUUGCAAUCAGAAAUUGUGGAAUGCAAGAGUUCUAAAUCCAUUCCUGGACCACCAGGGCGCCCAAUAGUAUUUGAUGUGUCUCGGGAUGGCAUGACCAUUGCUUGGGAACCACCAGAUGAGGACGGUGGUUUGGAGAUAUCUGGCUACAUCAUUGAGCGAAAGGAGGUCAGAGCUGAUAGAUGGGUCCGUGCUAAUAAGAACCCUGUGACAAUGACAAGAUACAGAUCCACUGGUCUUAUUGAGGGCCUGGAAUAUGAGCACAGAGUCACAGCCAUCAAUGCUAGAGGUGUCGGCAAACCUAGUCUUCUAUCAAAACCGGCUGUGGCAACUGAUCCAGUCGAUCCACCUGGACCACCUCAGAACCCAAGAGUCGUAGACACUACAAAGACAUCUGUGUCUUUGGCCUGGAAUCCACCUGAUGAGGAGGGUGGCUCUAAAGUAACUGGUUAUCUAAUUGAGAUGCAGAAGGUUGGUUCUGUAGCCUGGAUUAAAUGCAAUACUACACCUACAAUGAUUUGUGAAUACACCCUGACAAAAAUGCCUCAAGGUGAGGAGUUCAAAUUCAGAGUUUUGGCCUGUAAUGCUGGGGGACCAGGCGAACCUGCCGAAGUACCAAGAACAGUCACUGUGACAGAGAUGCUUGAACUUCCAAGUCAUGAUCUUGAAGCUAAGUACAAAGAUGUAUUUGUUGUCCGACAUGGAGCAGUCAUCAAACUUUCAGUUCCAAUCAAAGGCAAACCAACACCUGUUUGCAAAUGGACAAAGGAUGGAUCUGAGGUCUCUAACCGUGCAAUGAUUGCCUCCAGUGAGGAUAUUACUGAGCUUGUUAUCAAGGACGCUGAACGGUCUGACUCUGGUGUAUACGUUCUCCAUCUUGAAAACAAAUGUGGCAAAAAGAUGGUGCAAAUCAAGGUCAAGGUUAUUGGCCGUCCAGCAGCUCCUGAAGGUCCUCUUGGAUUUGAGGAUAUUCAAGCUCAUUCUGUAAGAGUGAGCUGGAAGCCACCAAAAGAUGAUGGUGGCACAGAAAUCCUUGGCUAUAUUGUGGAGCGACGUGAGGCAACAAAGGCAGCCUGGUAUACUGUGGACUCCAGAGUGGUUGACACUUCUUUGGUGGUUAAAGGACUACAUGAAAAUGUUGAGUACCACUUUAAGGUGACAGCAGAGAAUAAGUUUGGCAUCAGUGGCUCCAUAAAAUCUGAACAACCUGUUGUACCAAAGACUCCAAUUUGUGUGCCAGAAGCUUCAAGUACACCACCAGAGAUCAUGGAUGUUACUAAGUCCUCUGCUGAUUUGGCCUGGAUUAAACCUAAAGAUGAUGGUGGAUCACAGAUCAUUGGAUACUUCAUUGAAUAUAAAGAGGUGUCAUCGGACAAGUGGGUUCGCCAUGAGACAAGGGUUACUUCCACCAUGUACACCCUUAGCGGACUCACUACUGAUGCAGAAUAUCAGUUCCGUGUGAUUGCUGUAAAUUACAUUGGGGAGAGUGAACCUGGACCUGUAUCAGAUCCCGUCAUAUGCAAAGAUCCAUUUGACAAACCAAGUCAACCAGGGGAGGUAGACACUUUGGCUGUAACUAAAGAUUACAUAACUAUUCGCUGGGAAGCUCCUCAAUGUGAUGGUGGAAAGCCAGUUCUUGGUUACUGGGUUGAGUACAGAAAAUCAGGGGAGAGCACUUGGAAGAAGUGUAACAGGGAGCUAUUAAAGGAAAAACAAUUUACUCAGGGUGGUUUGCAAGAGGCCACUGAAUAUGAAUUUAGAGUGUUUGCUGAAAAUGAAACUGGAAUCAGCAGGCCUCGUAGGACUGCAGCAGGAAUUAAAACCAAACUAGGUGUUGGAACUAAACCAGGCCUCAGAAAAGAGAUAGAUGAGGUUACUGCCAAGCUUGGACAGACUGCAACACUAAAAUGUCAAAUUAUUGGAAGGCCUGUACCAGAAAUUAAAUGGUACAAAGGUGGAAAGGAAAUCAAAGAGGGCCGCAAAUAUGCUGCAACCUCUGAUGGCCGUAAUCAUACUUUAACCAUCUCAACAGACCAGCAAGAAGAUGAAGGCUUGUACACAUGCAAGGCUGUGAAUGAAGCUGGAGAAUGUGAGACUAGCGGAACCUUGGUUCUGGAAGCAGCACCUCAAUUCCCUGUCCCAUUAAAAGACAAAAUCUUUGCAGGAUGUGGUACAACUGUACGUAUUCAUGCUGUGUAUAUAGGUCGUCCUGAGCCCAAAAUUAUGUGGCUUCAUGGGGCCAAACCUGUGGAGCCCUCUGAGAAUGUCAUCAUUGAGAACACAGAGCAUUACACUCAUUUGAUUUUAAAGAAUGUCCAGCGCAGGGUGAAUGGUGGAAAGUACAGAAUCAGGAUCAACAACCACUUUGGCGCUGCAGAUACCGUAACUCAACUUGAAAUCCUAGACAAACCUUCCAUGCCAGAAGGGCCUAUUGUUCUUGAGGCUUUAUUGAAGAAUUCUGUGAUAAUAAGUUGGAAGGCAUCAAAAGAUGAUGGCGGAUCAAUGAUAACAAACUACAUUGUGGAGAAGCAUGAAGACAAAGAAGGUGCCGAGUGGCAACUCGUCUCAUCAUCUAUUACAGGCACCUCAUGCCGCAUUCCCAAUCUUGUGGAAAAUGAAGGUUACUUCUUCCGCAUUUCAGCACAAAACCGUUAUGGCAUCAGUGAACCACUGGAGACUCCAUCUGCUAUUCUUAUCAAGAGUCAAUUAGAUAAGCCAGGGGCACCACUUAAACCUGUUGUAUCUGGAGUGACCAAGACCUCCUGUGUUGUUUCUUGGAAACCACCUCUUAGUGAUGGUGGGUCCAAAAUCAAAAGCUACAGUCUUGAAAAGAAGGACAAAAAGAAAGGUGAAUGGGUUGCUGUAACGACUGAUGAGAUUCAUCAGACAGUUUAUUCAGUAAAGGGGCUUACAGAAGGACUGGAGUAUAUUUUCCGUGUGAAAUGUGAAAAUCUUGGUGGACAGAGUGAAUAUAGUGAAGAGUCAGACCCUGUUGUUCCAAGAACCGAUGUUGAAGUUUAUGCUCCUGCCUUUAAAGAAGACCUCAGAAAUAUGAGUGUGAAAUACAAGAGCAAUGCAACAUUUGUUUGCAAGAUAACAGGACAACCCAAACCUGUGAUCAAAUGGUUCAAGCGUGGCAAAGAAAUUCAGGCAGAUGGAAUCAAAAUCAAGAUCCAAGAAUUCAAGGGAGGUUACCAUCAACUGGUCAUUGCUAAUGCUGAUGAGGAAGAUUCAACUGUCUAUCAGAUCAGAGCAACAAACCAGGGAGGCUCAAUUUCUGCAACCGUUUCUCUUGAUGUUGAAAUACCAGCAAAGAUUCAUUUACCUAAGAACCUACAAGAUAAAGAGGCCAUCUGUGCUCUUCGUGGUGAAGUGGUGGACAUCAAGAUUCCAUUCAGUGGAAAACCAGAUCCAGUUAUCACAUGGCAGAAGGGACAAGAUCUUAUUGAUAACAAUGGGCAUUAUCAAGUCAUUGUCACAAGAUCAUUCACAUCUCUUGUGUUCCCGAAUGGAGUGGAUCAGAAGGAUGCUGGUUUCUAUAUUGUCUGUGCAAAGAACAGAUUUGGCAUUGACCAGCAAACAGUUGAACUUGAUGUUGCAGAUGUCCCUGAUCCACCUCGCAGCAUCAAAGCCAGUGAUGUGUCUAGGGAUUCUGUUACACUUAAUUGGGUGGCACCUGCCAGUGAUGGAGGAAGUAGAGUUAGAAACUACAUUAUUGAGAAGUGUGCCACUACAGCAGAGAGGUGGAUCCGUGUUGCCCAGUCACGUGACACUCAUUACACUGUCACCAACCUGUUUGGAAAAACAAGCUACCAAUUCCGUGUAAUAGCAGAGAACAAAUUUGGCCAGAGUGCACCAUCUGAACCAAGUGGACCAGUUGUGACAAAGGAAGAUAAAUCAAGAGUUCUUAACUAUGAUGAGGAAGUUGAUGACUGCAGACCUGUCUUUAAGGGUAAAGCUCCUCAUUCAGAGGUUAAGAAUGUACACAACAAAUAUAUGAUUGCUGAAGAGCUUGGCCGUGGGCAGUUUGGCAUUGUUCAUCGCUGUGUUGAGAUUAGUUCUGAGAAGACAUUCUUUGCCAAAUUUGUUAAAGUAAAAGGUGCAGAUCAAGCAAUAAUAAAGAAAGAAAUUGCCACUCUAAAUGUGGCACGUCAUAAGAACUUCUUGCAACUCCAUGAAUCAUUCGACAGUCCCGAAGAACUAGUUAUGAUAUACGAGUUUAUAUCUGGUGUUGACAUAUUUGAGCGUAUUGGCACAGCUAACUUUGAGCUCAAUGAACGUGUAAUUGUUAAUUACAUCAGACAAGUAUGUGAAGCUCUUGAGUUUCUACACAGCAAGAGUUAUGGCCAUUUUGAUAUCAGGCCUGAGAAUAUAGUGUACACCACAAGAAGGGGAACUACUAUCAAGAUCAUUGAACUGGGACAAGCUAGACAUCUCACUCCUGGAGAACAAAUCAAGAUUCAGUACACAACAGCUGAAUAUUCUGCACCUGAAAUUCAUCAAAAUGAGUUGGUCAGCACUGUCACAGACAUGUGGUCUGUUGGUGUCCUAGUAUAUGUUCUCCUCAGUGGCCUCAAUCCUUUCAUUGCUGAAACUAAUCAACAAAUGAUUGACAACAUCUCCAAUGCUGAGUACAGUUUUGACGAUGAGUCCUUUAACGAGGCAAGUGUUGAGGCAUUAGACUUUAUAGAUCGCCUUCUUACUAAAGACCGUAAACAUCGUAUGACAGCUGCUGAAGCUUUGAAUCAUCCUUGGCUGACAAUGAACACAGAGGAGCUCAGCAGUAGGUCGAUCAAGAUUACAAGACACAAGAGAUACUACCAAGCUAUGGUGAGGAAAGAAUGGAACACUGUUGUCUCAUCUGCUCGUAUUGCUAGUGGUGGUGCUAUCAGAAGUCAGAGAGGUGUAACAGUUGCCAAAGCAAAGAUCGCACCAUUUGAACAUGGUCCACUUGCUGGGCAAAUUAAACAUAGUGUUGCUGAUGAAGGUGAUGAUGUCAAAUUUAUUUGCAACAUUGACAACUAUGAUAGCAGUACUGAGGUUACAUGGUACUGUGGAGUUCGACAACUAGAGGAAAGUGCCAAAUGUGAAAUUACCUAUGAAGAGGGGCUUGCUACAAUAACUAUCAAGGGUAUCACUAGAUCAGACGAUGGAACAUACAGAUGCAAAGCUGUCAAUGAAUAUGGUGAAGACAGUGCAUAUGCUGAGCUCUUUGUUAAAGGUGUCAGAGAAUAUCGUAGCUUCUUCACUGCACGUGUGGUAAGGAAAGUCAAACGCAGAAUAGACACAGCCCGUCUUCUCCAAAGACCUCCAGAAUUCACACUUCCACUGUGCAAUCGAACUGCAUACAUUGGUGAAACUGUUCGCUUUGGUGUCACCAUCACAGUACACCCUGAGCCACGUGUUAUGUGGCUGAAAUCUGGGCAGAAGAUUUCCCCAGGAGAUGAUGACAAGAAAUAUACUUUUAUAAGUGACAAAGGUCUGUAUCAGUUAGUUAUUCACAAACUUGACUCUGACGACGAUGCUGAAUACACUGUGGUGGCACGCAACAGGUAUGGUGAUGAUAGCUGUAAGGCUCAUCUCACAGUGAUUCCGCGUCCUGCACCUGCUGAUAAUACAGUGAGACCCAUGUUCAAGCGCCUACUGGCAAACCUGGAGUGCAAAGAGGGCCAGAGUGUACGUUUUGAGAUAAGAGUGUCAGGAUCACCGUCACUGAAAUGGGAAAAGGAUGGUACACCUUUGGCAUUUGGUCCGCAGAUUGAAGUUGUUCAUGAGGGUUUGGACUACUUUGUCUUACACAUCAGAGGCACUCUUCCAGAAGAUUCUGGUACAUACAGAGUGACUGCCACUAAUUCUGCUGGUUCAGCAAGUUGCCAAGCCACACUUAGGGUUGAACGUGUGACACAUGUCAAGAAGGAAUUUGAGAGUGAGGAGGAUAAGAGGAAGAAACAAGAUCUAGACCAACAGCAGAUUGACAAGAAAGUACGAUUAACCCAGAUUCUGGCUGGUACAGAUGUCACUCCACUUACUCCUGUAGCACAACAGGCAUUGAGAGAGGCUGCAACUAUGUUCAAGCCAGCAGUAACCACCAAAAAAGUAAAGACUGAAGCUGAGGAAGCUAAGGAAAAAGAAGAAAGAAGGAAAAGGGCAGAGGAAAAGAGAUUGAGAAUGCCAUAUGUUGUCCCUCCACCUCGUCUUUAUGGUCCUACUGCUCUUGAGGAAGACAUGGAGAUCAAGCACUUUAAACCAUUAUCUGACAUGAAGUGGUACAAGAAGCUACGAGAUCAAUAUGAGUUCCCUGAGCCAAUGGAAAAGAUUCCUCAGAAAAGACUUAAGCGUAUUCGACUAUCAAGAUGGGAACAAUUUUAUGAAGUGCCCUUGCCAAGGAUUAAAGACCAAUACAAGCCAAAAUGGCGUAUAUCAGCUGUUUCACAAGAUGACUUGGAAACUGUAAGACCAGCAAGACAACGAACACCUUCUCCGGAAGCUUACUACAGAAUAAGAAGGCGCUCACUUGGUGAUCUUUCUGAUGAGGAACUGCUUCUUCCUAUUAAUGAAUACCUGUCAAUGAAGAGUACUGAGGAGGAAAGACUAAAACUUGAAGAGGAACUUAGAUUAGGCUACUCUGCUUCUCCACCAAGUCUAAGUCCUGUACGCUUUGAACUCUCUGCUUUGCGUCCUUCGUCACCAAAGAGGACUGCAUAUGAUGAUGAGGAAGAAGGAGAGGAAGUUCCCACAUACGACUCCUAUCGCAUUCCCUCAAAGUAUGAGGCUGGCCCAAGCUACAUUGAUCUACGUCAGAGACAUGAUAAAGCAACAUAUAGACCUCCUAGGCAGAAGCAAAGGAUGUAUGAAGAAAAGGAGGACCAAGAGCUCCUUAGACCAGUCACUACCACCACAAGGAUAAGUUCUUACAAGAGUCGGCUGAAACACAUUGAGUUUGAGGAAAAAACAAGAAUCUCUAGAAAAGAGAAAACAAAAAUUUCAGUACCUGCAGUGAUUGAGGGAGACACAUUUGACAUACCUGAUGUACCAAUGAGGUCAUUUUCACCUGGUUAUAGUAAGGUGACACACCUCAAGGCUGAGAAGCCUCCUAAAGUGGAUGAGGACAAAAAAGCAAGCAUCAGACUUUCAAGCCCAGAGGAGAAACAUCUGCACUCCAUGAGCCUUGUGUCAAGUGAGAAAGAAGUGUCUACACAAGACCUGUCCAUAAAGGUUGACUACAUGCAACGUUAUGAAACAAUGAAGAAAGCUCUGAAAACUGAGACAAAGUUUGAAACGGUUUCUCAGCAGCCUUUUAGUCUUGACCAUGUACCAAGGGUGACUGUAAGAAUGCGCUCUCACCGCGUGGCAGUUGGUCAAAAUACAAAAUUCACACUAAAUGUUCAAUCUAAGCCAGAGGCAAAAAUCCAGUGGUAUCACAAUGGUCAACCCAUUCAAGAAAGCAAUAAGUAUCGGAUGUAUAACAUGAGUGGGGUUCUUUCUCUCCAGAUCAUUGACUGCCAAGAAGAAGAUAGUGGGACAUACCGUGUCACCUGCACAAAUGCAAAAGGAGAAGCCUCAGACUAUGCCACUCUAGAUGUUUCUGGAAGUGGAUUUUCUGCAUAUACAUCUCAGCGCAGAGAUGAAGAGCCUCCAACUCCUUUUAUACCUGAAAUGACAAGAACAGAUGUUUAUCAUGUGUCAUCAUCAAAGGCAACAUCUACUGCCGAAACACAGAUUUCAGAAGCAGUAACUGAAAUCAAAACAUCAGAUAUCAAAACAGAGGCAACAGAAACUGUUAUUCAUGAAGAGUAUGUAUCAUCUGAGCUGAAGCUUCAAACCACAGAAAUGGUAACAGUAGAGGAAGCUCCAGUCGAGACAAAGAAACCAACCCUUUCUGCUACAAUUCUGACUAAGCCACAGUCGCUCACAGUUUCUGAGGGGGAGUCAGCAAAAUUUACAUGUGAUGUGGAUGGUGAACCAGCACCCAGUGUAACUUGGUUAAGGAAGGGACAAGCUAUUGUAUCAUCUCACCGUCAUCAUGUAACAACAACAGAAUAUAAGUCUACAUUUGAGAUCUCACAAGUUGAAAUUUCAGAUGAAGGAAACUACACAUUGGUUGUGGAGAACUCUGAGGGUAAACAAGAAGCAGAAUUUACCCUGACUGUUCGCAAACCAACACCUGUGCAGAAAGUUGUUGCUUCUCCUCCAAGAGUGAAGUCUCCAGAGUCUCCUCGUCUGAAGUCACCUGCAGGGAUCAAAUCCCCACCAAGAAUCAAGUCACCUGAACCAAUUAGAUCACCACAAAGAGUCAAGUCACCACUCACUGCAAAGUCACCAGUUCCAAAAGAGAAAACAACCAAGCCUAGCUUUGCAGCAGGACUGAAUGAUAUUUCUGCUUUGUCAGAUACAAUUAUCAAGUUGACAGUAAAAGUUAUGGGUGUGCCUAAACCAGUGAUUUCCUGGAUGAAAGAUGGGAAGAGUGUGUCACAGGGUGGAAAAUAUGAAAUAUUUGAGGAGCACGGUUCUGCACAUCUUGAAAUCUAUGACGCUGAUGUUGCUGAUAGUGGCAUUUAUGAAUGCACUGCAAAAAAUAGUGAUGGAUCAGUUACUACAAGAUGCACUGUAACUGUUAAAGAAUCGAGAAAAUCAACAGCGUUUGCUGUAGAAACAAAAGAAGAACUAACAGAAGAACUUGUCAAAAAGGAGAUCAUUCAUGAGGAGGUCCAGUCCUUUUCAGAAAUUAAAGCUUUGCAAACACAAAUAACAAUGACUGAGGGUCAGUCUGUCACACUGAAAGCAAAUAUCCCUGGGGCUUCUAAUGUAAAGUGGAUUCUGAAUGGAGUGGAACUGAUCAAUUCAGAGCAAUAUAGAUAUGGUAUUUCUGGAAAUUACCACACUUUGACCAUUAAGAGUGUAAGCUCCCAUGAUAGAGGCAUUGUCACAUGUGAGGCAAAAACUGAACAGGGAGUGGUCAAGUGCCAGUUUGGCACAACACUCAGUGAGAAAUUAUCAGAUGCACCAAGCUUCCUAGUGCAACCACACUCCCAGAACAUAAAUGAAGGACAGGAUGUCAUAUUCUCCUGUGAAAUAAUGGGUGAGCCUACUCCUGAAAUUGAAUGGCUCAAGGACAAUGAAGUGUUAUCCGUUGCAUCAAAUAUGAAACUGAGCCGCUCUAUGAAUGUGUACAAACUGGAGAUACAGAAUGCCAGUGUUAAGGACAGCGGAAAAUACACAGUGAAGGCCAAGAACCAAUUUGGACAGUGUUCUGCAACAGCAUCUCUCAAUGUUCUUGCUCUGGUUGAAGAACCUGUCAAAAUGAUAGUAUUGAAGAAAAGCUCAGAUGCUACAAGCAUACAAAGUAGCAGCUCUGCCUUGCACAUGGCUUCAACAAUACAGGAAACAACAAGCAGCAGCUCCAGCAUGGCUCAGAUUAAAUUUCAAAGCAUGUCAGCAACUAGCAUGACCUCAAUGACAUCUGAAACAAUGCUAGCCAUGGGUUCAAGCAGCAUGAUGGAAAUGUCUAGCCGUGCACAUGUUGCGGAGUCCUCCCUCAGAUCCAUUUCUUACAAGCGCAAAGGAGUACCACCUAAAAUUGAAGCUGCCCCUGAGGAUAUUAACAUAGAGUCAGGAAAGGUUCUGACUGUGGCUUGUGCUUUUACUGGAGACCCAGUGCCAAAUGUUGAGUGGUCUCAUUCAGGGAGGAUACUGUCCAGUGAAGAGAGUGCAAGGUUCCAGAUUGCGACCACUGAGGACACUACCACACUCACCAUUAGUGGCAUAAAAGAAAAUGAUGCUGGAGCGUACACCCUCAAACUUUCAAAUGAGCUUGGCUCUGAUACUGCUACUGUCAACGUCAGCAUUCGAUCUAUGUGAAAAAAUAUAUAUUAAUCCAGUCCAUACCCCUUUUUACUUUCUUCAAUAUAUUUUAUUUAUUGAAUGAAUAAGAAAAAUACUGUUCUAGAUAAAGACCUGGAUCUCUGUUCUGUAAAUAUGAACUAUUUUUAUACCGAACUUGACAUUAAUUUAUGCCAAACUAGACUAAAGUCUAAAGUUGUUAUAAAAUGUGCCAUAUUGGGUAAUUAUGACUUUUUGAACCAUUUUUCUGUGACAUGUACAUAAUGUAUAUAGCCGAAUUUAACGGUUAUGAAAAAUGUAUGAAUUGUUAUUUAUGACAAUAAUAACUUAAACAAAUGGAACGAAAUGUUUAACAGGAGAAAGUUUCUCAUGGAACGAAUACCCUGUGAAACCUGAAACAAAAUUAUGUGCCUCAACAAUACGUUGAAGUCUUAAGAUUGCCUCAACAGGUAGAGAGGCUCCCUGUUGAAGUUCUACUAAAUCAAAGGGACAAAGCUAUGCACUGUACAUCUGUGCAUAUAGUAUUUCAGUACUCAAAUGAAUUUAUAACUUGACCAUAAGACCUUGAAUGCUGUUUGUGUCUCACCCUCACAUAAGCAGCAUGACUAGGUCUUGUGUUCAGACUGACUAUAUCAUAUCACCAUUUUAAUGACAUGCUCAAAGUGCGAGCGGCCUGCACGCUGAGCUGAUGAUGAUAUGCGCUCAUGUUCUGCCAAAGGACUGUUUGAAUUUGAUCUUAUGAAACAACAUCACCUGGCCAUUAAUUUCUUUAUCAAUUCAGAUACUCCUUUGCAGAAUCUGUGCCACCUCUUGGAGGAAUGCUAGGUUAUAUUGUGUGUUUUUGUGUUAGUGUGUGUGUUAGCAUUAGGAUCUCACCUUGUCAGGGUAAUCAUCAAGCAGUGUACCACAGUAACUACAUCUGCUGUGCAAAGGAAACAUAAAACACAUGAAUGCAAUACCCUGCACUUUGAUUCAAUAGCAAUUAAUAUAUGUAGAAUUACCUAUAUAUUCUGCCUCCUUGAGUUUUAUGAAUUUUUGAUUUAAUAAAGCAUGAUUUCAGCACCAUAAA